AGAAAUGUUGUGUAGGAAAGAGGAGACUCGGGAAUUUCCCAUAGCAACAUGACAGACGCCCCGGAGGAGGAACAUUGUGAUUCCUCACAUCGCCUCUCUGACUCCUGAAUGCGAACGUGAGCCGCGUGAAGUAAGACGGUGUUCGACAUCAUAUUUACCCCAUCAUACUCCUCUUCUAUCCUGCUCUGCCGUUUUCAUCCUGUCCCUUUCCCGUUGCAUGGAGGGGGGGCGGGGUGGGCUGUCGAAGCAGCCAGCCAGCGUCAGGGCUGAAUAAUUGAUCUCUCUCUCUCUCUCUCUCUCUCUCUCUCUGUAUCUCUCUCUCUCUCUCUCGGUCAGGAGGACGUUAGUGGGACGUUUCUCUCUCUCUCUCCAUCCUCUCCAUGUGAUUCAGUCGCUCCUUCCCCAUCACGGUGUGAACGACAACAGAUUCACCCUCCGUAAACCACCACCCUCUACUCCUCCUCUUCCUCUCUACGUGUGAGUGUGUAAGACAGAGUGUGUGCAGGAAGACGAAGCAGAACCAGCACCACCACCAGCACCACCACCACCAAGGACGUCCCCUCUUUUUUUUCCCAGCCCCCUGGAGCCGGAGAUGCAAGGGACGAGCAGUUAGAUCAGCCCGCGCUCUUGUUGUUGCAGGAUAACUUGCUUGUUGGGGUUGAAGCUGCGCUCUCUGAUUCCUGUUCGCUGUAAAGUGUGUCAGGAGGAUUUCAGCCAGUCGCCGGACGGAGGUAAAUCGAUGCAUGAUGCGGUUUCUGUGGGGAGCUAUCCACUCGAGGUGGUGCUGAUCAAACAAGGAAGUGCAUGUGUAUACCCCUGCUUGUGCACCACCUCUGCCUCUUUGCAUGCACGCACAGGUCGAUUGGAAACACGUUAAGUGCACAUGUUGCUGUUCUAGGAUGCAUGUAUCAGCGCGUAUAAUGUCGCCUCAUUAACGGAGUGGGAUGUCUGUGUUCACCGUCCCUCCAAUGGAGGAUGGAAAGUUUUACCACAUGAUCAGACAAAAAAAAAAAUACACAUCAGCGGUUUGCCUUCUACAUGCAUGUCAACACGCCGUCCUGUCAUGACCGUGCACCGUGCACACUUUUCGGCAAACUCGCUCUGCCACGCACAGUGCAGGUUAGUCCUCAUUGUCGUGACAGGUACCGAACACACCAGGAUUCCUGCCUCAUUUUGCGUGGAUAUCUCUACCCGUGGCUUUUAAUUGGGUUUGUGGAUUUUAAAUGUGUUUGCGUGUUUUCAGAGUACAGGUUGUGAUUGAACCUUUGACCUUGGUGUCCUUCAGUUGGCGCAUUGAAAAGACAAAAAAAGCACUCUUUGUGAAUGUUUGACUCCACGCAUGCUGUGACUGAAACUGAAUCUAGUCACUUAGAAAUAAUUUCUGCAACAUCCUCUCAAUAAUUGAUGGGUAGCGUAUCUGUAGUAGCCCACUCGAGGAUGAAUCUGUAGUGACCUCUUUACCCUAUAAUGGCAUUUUCAGUCAUGAACAUCCACUCAUGGCUUUUACUGCCCUGUUGAUACGUUUUUAGUAACAGGAUUGAUUUUCUAAAAAGAAAUGUGUGUUUUUGUCUUUUCUUUUCCAGAUCUGGCAACAAAGGAAAUCAGCUUUUCCGUAUCAAUUGAAUGUAACAUCGCUCAGUUAAAGAAGGCAGGGAAUUUAAAGCCAUCAUCAUGAAUUUCGUUAUGAAACAAGCGUUGGGAGGUAAGAAAAGCUCUUUAACUUUGAUGGUUUUUAAUCCUGGAGUGUGAUUUUGGCUGUUUCUACGUGUGUGAGCUUGGUCUGUGUGCGUUUUCUCCAAACUUCUGUCGGACUCUUUAAGAUCCAGUCCCGUUUUUGUCACUUUCCCCUGACACUCCGAUCAUAUAUCAUUUGUUUCCUUUUUCCUCUUUACGCUUGGUGCGUUUUUAGCCUUUCCUUUACGCACAUCUGCUGCACAUUUGGUCCCCCGGGGGCGCACCGAGCAUAGCAGCUCAUUGUUGCAGCUUUAUGAUGUGUGAGGUGGACAGAGCGGCAUUUUACAUUCCAGUGCGUGUGUGCCACCUGCUUACCGAGAGGUGCUGGAGCAGGUCUUUGUUGUGGCUCAGUCAUUAAUCAGCCGGUGAUGGUGGUGCCUCUGACUGGACGCUGCAGACUCUUAUCUCCACGUGCUGAGUACACAUUUUCCACCUGAAGGGGAGGAAAGAUAAUCAAAACUGAAUCUAAUCUUCAAUAAUUUCAUUCCCACGUGCAGGCAUGUGAAUGACUUUCUAAUUUCUUGUGCUGCAGAGGCAAAGGCUCCCCGGACAUGAGAUUAUCAUAACAGAGUAAUGAAUUCUGAAGGAAUGUGAACUUGUUAUGUUUAAAUAUAUGGAUGGUGCAGUGGAGGUGAAAAGGCCUCGACGGUUUCUACACAUCAGAGGAGCAGCUUGGUGGUUUGUCUGAGGAGGAGCCUGUGAGGUAAUGUCCUCAGGCACAGCAGGACUCCUACAGAAGCUACAAAACAGGAUGGACUAGGUAGAAGUUAUGUGGCUCGUUAUCGAGGUUUUCAAGUCUUUUAGGGUGGAAAUCAGCGAUGAUGAAAGGGUCAAACAAAAGCUUUGACCAGGAGACUGGUGUUUAAGUAACCUGAGGUCAAAGUUGACUUCUUCCAAGCUAAAGACUUCAUGCUAUGAAAGUCAAUUAAUACUGUAAUUGUCAUCACUUAACUUUACAAGCGCAACACACAUCCUCAGCUUCAAAAAAGAUGGGGUGUGUUGUAGGGAUGGGCGAUAAAUACAUUGUCAGAAAAUUCCUCCAUGAUAAAUAUUCGCCAUCUCAUGAUAAACACGAUAAAUGCAAGUUGAUGACGUAAGCGCAAGUGACAGACUCACAGCCGUAGCCCACACACAGAGCAGAAUAACAAACAAACAAACAUGGCCGAAGGUGAUGAAGAAGACGUUUCUGAGCAGCUCGUUACUAAACGAGGGAUUUUCUUCAAGAUUGGGGUUUAGAUGAGUCCAAUCAGGUCUGUCUGACAUCGGACAGUGGAUCUGCUGCUGUUCACUCUGUGUAUUAAGAGUUUUGAACAAAUGUUGAAAUUGUUUUCACAUUUGAGAAUUGUUUGAUUGCAUUAGUUUUCUCCAUAACCUACCACUCAACCUUGUGGUUAAGUAUCUUAUUUGACAAAAUGAGUCAAAAUACUGAUUGGAAUUAUAAUAAAAAAUUUUUCGGGACUUUUAUCGUUAUCUUAUAAAUCUUAAAUCUUUUAGCCCAUAUUGCCCAUCCCUAAUACAUUCUAAAAAAAUAAUGUCAGAAACAAACGAUAUUGAUGGUUUGAAAACUAUUCAAACAUAUUUAACUGAAAAUGGUGUAAAGACAACAUAUGAAACUGUGAAACUGAUAAAAAGAUCAUUAAAGAUGGACUGAGGUGAGGUGGAGUCUUUUUGGAAAUCAUGGACCAUGUGUCUUCAUCUCUUGAGAGGAGAGAGACCCUCUUGGAUUGUACUAGCACACAAUUCAACAACCACUGUUGCCAAUGAUGGUAGGGGGUAGUUUGCAGAUCUGAGAAGGCUUCAUUAAUACUGGAUAACAUCUGCUGGAGUCCAGAUAAGGACUUUUCAGGGAAAACCUUCAUAUUUCACCACAGGCAACAGGUAUGACAACAGCAUGGCUCUGAAGUAGAAGAGUCCUGCUGCUAAACUGACUUCUCUACCUAUUGAAAAAACAUCUGGAGCAUUUUACUUUAAAACUCCAGAAACUGCCCUCCUUUCUAUAACAACUGGCAUGUAAAUUCUUCCCCAAAACACAAUCUUCUUUAACAAUUCAUCUCAUGGUUAUGUUGCCAAAACUGAACCAGAAUCUUUACAUGUUGAGGUGCAAACCGUGCACACAUGUUGAUUGUCCCAUUUUAUGAGGGCAUGCAUUUCAAGCAAUAGAGGUGCAAAUUUAGAUAAAAUGAUGAAAGGAAGAACUCAUAUUUUUGUCAUUUUGAGUCCAUCUGCUCCCAAAACAAGAUAUAAAAAUUUAACUUUGGGAAGAAAAAGGAAGAUUUGAGAGUCUUUGAGUCAUUUUUUAUGUUGUUUCAAAUGAUUAUAUAUCAAUAUUUUUACUAAGAAACAUUGCUGUUGUGUCUUGGUAGUGUUUUCAUUCCAAAGAACAGUCAGCUACACCGCAUAAACGAUGUGCAGUUCAGGGGUUCACGCUUGUUUGAACAUUUGUAUGUUGCUCUGAGGCUGCUGUGGCUCGUCUGCGGAUGGUUUCGGUGUUUGUUUGUUUCACCAGGUAGAGCAGCUUUGUGCCCAUCAUGUUUUUACGUGUGUUUCACUGCUAGUGGGUGUGCAAGUGGGAGUCCUGAAGAGCCACGUCUGCCCACUGCCGGGCUCGCUCAAAGCUCCUCGUCAACAAAGACAACGGUUUGAAAGCAGCUGAAUAAAAAGAAAUUUCACACAUGAGGAGAAGCCGAUAGUUUGUGCCAAGGUCUUCACCUUCAGCUGAGGGUUUUCUCUGUCUUUGGGUGCAAGUUUUUCCGUUUCUUCUUUAGGAGUAAUGAGUUUUCAGUGUGCAGUGGAUUAGCUGUGGGCUAUUAUCUCACUUCUUUCUCUCUGUGAGGAAACUCACACUCCAUCUGCUCCCACGAAGGAUGUGAUUUGUAUUCUGUGUGUUUUCUACAGCGAGGAGCGAGGUCACGUCGCAUGUCGCUCAAGAAGCGUUCGUCUCCAACAUCCGUGAUCUGUUUCAGCUUUUGAAAUUCAAGUCAUGGAGAAAAUAAAUGUAUGUAAGGAACCCGAGGAGGACGGCUCAUCUGGGGAAACAUUCAUUGGCAUGCAUGAAUAGACCAUCUGGUUGUUUUUGUGUAUUUUCUAGCAGGUUCGCCACGAUUCAUGAGGAUUUGAGCGCACACAGACAAAUCAUACUCCUACAGUUUAUAAUGCCUCUCUGUCUUCUCAGCUAUGCAUGUACAAAAUAAAACCUUCAAAUGUGACCAAAAACUAGCAGUUAUUGAUUUAAAGCUCGGUUAAAAGAGCUCCAAUCACAGUCACUGACAGGAUGGUGAAGUGAUGACCGUGGUGAAGGGUACAUUAUUAGGCGACUAAAGAAUUGAGUUUCUAAAUCUGAUGUACAGCUUGGUGCAAAUACAGCUGCAGGACAUAUAAGAAUAUCACGAGUAUAUCACAAGUGCAGAAUUGUAUUUCUGAGUAUUUCUGCUUUCAAAUCGCUGUGAAUCUCUGACAGACCCAAACGGCAGGUUCAGACACACUAAGAUUUUCUCUGUUGCAAAUCCAGGCCAGACUUGAAACAGUAGAGAGGACGAUCGCGGAAGAAGAGUGUGUGUUAGUGGAUUGCAAUGCUCGUAAGAACGCUAAUUAUGAUAUUAACUUUCAUUAUACCGCUAAAGACAUUAGUGUCCGAGAGCUGAAUAACUCCUAUGUCACCUGCCACAUCUACUACAUUGUCAAUGUUGGGCUGCGAGUUAGCGUGAAGUGGAGAGUGUAGAGCAGCGCUGUCUCCGCCCACGACUCAGAGGCGAGUUGCUAAUGAGCUACUGGAGCUCUGCAGAGGAAAAGACUUUGAAAAUGACACAGGUAACGUGAUUUUGGCCAAAAACUUCAUAAUCACAGUCAAUCAAGACCACUGACAACACUUGAAGUGAUAACAAACAAACAAAAAUGAUCAGAGUGGGACUUUAAAAUUAGAAAAGGCAGUGUUUGCAGGUUUCUAUCUUAAAAUUGACCAAUCUCACUUGUGCAUUAUCUAUAAAUUUUAGCUUGGUCGUAUCACGCUGUCUUCACUUGAUCACCUCCUGACCCAGUAAAAACCAGUAUCACCAGUCUCCUUCUGGUGGGUUUUCAGCCAAAGACUCUUUAAACCCAGUUUAGACUAAAUUUGACUGUUUAGGAUUUUACAGUUUUUCAUCUUUGACUUCUGCAGCUUGAUUGAGAUGAAUUAAAACAAAUGUCAUCUGGGAUUAACUGCAAGUUCCUGUUUGUCUGUGUUGACUUUGGCGCCCCUUGUGGACAAUGUGCUGAAUAACAUGGUUGCUAAAAUUCAUCUUGAAAAUCUGUUAUUGGUAAGUGCAGGUGUAAUGGGGCAGCAGGGGUUUAUGUUGGAUGUAUAUUUGACACCAGCGUGAUGUAAAUGUAAAUGCUCUGAUUAAAAGGAUGAGCUUUGGCUUGAUUCAGAUGCUUCAUCUGUUCUGAGUUUGUCUUACGUUCAGCUCUGGGACACUUUCAUUUUCUCGAUAUCACCCUCAGACGAUCAAACGUCAGAGAUCCACUUCUCUUAAACCUGCUGGACUGCUCCAACGUAAACAUGGUGUGAAUGUGUCGACAAUCAAACCAGCAGGAGUCAGUUGAGAGUGUGAGCUAGCCUGUUAGCUUGUUAGCAUCACAUAGAAGACCGCUGCAGUUCUUAAAAGCUCAAUGAAUUAAUUUCUAUCUAUCCCGUGCAGAGGGGGAAAUAAGGACAAAUGAGGGAUUGAUGCUGUCUGACAGUGUAUAGCAGAGUGUGUGUGCGAGUGUGUGUUUUGGGGUGGGGGUCCAAUUGCAAGUGCAGGGAUCCAUGCAAGGUGAGAAAGGAGGAUUUAUGGUGCAUGACAUCAUCCAAAGUGCUCGUAAAUACAAGACUCUGCUCUUACUCUCUGUGGGGCUGCAGCCACUGCUCCUCCUCCAUCUUCCUCAUUCCCCUCCUCCACCUCUGCUAUCUCCGGCCUUGGCCUUGGCAGGAAAGGAGGAGGAAGAGGAGGAGGAGGAGGAGGGAAUGAGGGAGAAUGAGGUGUAGGAGGAGAUGAAAAGUGACAAAUUGAUCUUUAAAACUGGGUGUUAUAUCAUCAGCAGCUGAAGGCAGAGGUUGUAAAGUCUCAGUGCACUCUCGGCCCGCAGAGGCUGUAAUCUCCCUUUAAUGGGAGAUGUUUCUGUCCUCUGCAGUCCUGCCGUUUCUCUCCUUUUCUUUCUUUUCAUUCCCUUAUUUAUCACCCAACCUUAUCAUCCUCUCUGUUAUGUUUCCUCCCACCUUCCCUUUUCCACCUCUUUCACCCUCAAUUCUUUUACUCCAUUACUCUUUCUAUCCACUCUGCGCUCUCUCAUCCUUCAAUUUGUAAUUUCUUUUCUGUUUUUACUCCCUCCACCCUUUAAGGAUUACAGUAAAUCUAAAGGGCGAGGCACGGAAACCUCAAUCAGGCUGCCACAGGGGAAGCCGAAACGUGUGUGUGUGUGUGUGUGAGAUGCAGCGUUUGCUUGACAGAGGGAGUGUGUGUUUGGAGGGGAUUUUAGUCGAUCGCUUUAGUUGGAUUCAUUUAUAAAGUGUAAUGUGUGUUUGCAGGUAGAACAAAGUCUUAAGGAGAAAAAGAUGAUGCUAGGGGAGAUGGGAAAACAAGAAGCUUGAAAGCAAAAAAAGUGCCUCGACAAAACAUCAAUUUGAAGCCGGCUUCUGCACAACGCAAAGCAUGCAAACAUAGGCAGUGUUCAUCAGUGUGAUACCAAGAAAACCUCAGUCCUCCCCAGAUGAAGCAUCCUGCAGCUGAACCUUUCACACACCUGCAAACAGUCUGCAAGCAGACAAACAGAGAGCAGGAUUGUUUUAAAGAGUGUUCGGAGAGGACGCACAGAAACAGUGAGUCAGUCUGCAGAAAAGUCACACUGCUGCCAAUCAACCCGAAAUCUGCAUCCCUCUUUGUCAAAGUGCCAUUCUCUUUGAGAGAGCUGCAACACUUACUCCUGCAGGAAAUUAUUAACCGAUCAGGAUUAAAACUGAACAUUUGAAGCCAAGUGUUCCUGAAACUGCUUUAGCUGCAUGAUAAGCUCAGUAACUCCAUCUAGAAGGGUUAACUUAUUCUUCAUUGGUACGAUUUAUUCUCAAUUAAUCAAAGCAUCUCAGUGUUUUUGCUCGAAGGCAUCUUAACAGCAAAGCUACACUCUAAACUGACUCUAAACCGAUUUCGAUUUUUUUAUUCAGUGACAACUUCACCAAACUUCACUUUAAAGAUAAAAAGGUUUUCUAUCGUCUCUCAAAACAAAACCACUGAAACCGAUGUAGCGGAUAUGCGAAGCCAGUAAGUGGCGCUGUAACGCUGCACAGGAAAUGCACAAAAGACAGAAGAAGAGUACAAAGCAUGUGUAUAAAGGUUGAUUUGACAUAAAAGAGUUACGCUGUGUGUCACAUUAUUGUUUCCAGAGAUGCAGAUGGACAUCCACACGGAGAUGAAAUGGACGUUGUUUAUGGAUUUAUACACUCUCUGACCCGUUUUCAAUAAGUACCAUUCACAGUCACCUGAAAUGCCGUUUCCGUGUGAAUGAAACGCCGUUACGACAAAAAAUCUUUUGCAUUUACUCCUGAAUUAAUUUCCGUGUGGACGGGUUGAUACCGCCUUCAGACAGACUUUACAGCGGGGAGUGGUUUUCUCUUCAUGUGAAACUGUGAAGUCGUACCAAUUCCACACAACUGACUCGCUCUUGACCUAUUUAGCCACUAAAUUAUCGCCUUCUUUUGCAAACGCCAUGUUUGUUUACACUGGUGUGCGUGGGAACUUUGGGGGGUAACAGUCGCGAGACAUGAUAGAGAGGAAAAUCAAUUAGACAAUUUUAAUUUUUUUUAACAUCGUCAUGAUCAAAUGAUCCGAUUACGAUUUAACAUCGAUUAAUCGUGCAGCCCUAACAGACCCUUAAGGCCGCAGCUGCCUAUUGAAUGAAUUUCAAUACUGGAUUGUUUUUUUUUUGGUAUUGAUCUGAAGAUGGAGAUCCCAGUCUGUGCUGGUCAGAGGUCCAUAGAUUUGGAAGAGGAGAAAAACUGCCAGUUGGAGCUAAAAGGAAAAGCGGGAAAGUGGAGCGUACAGUCUAACUGACUCCGCCUCCUCUUCCCAACAUCUCUCAACAGACGCUCUCAUUUUUGAGCUUUCUUCCCUCAUAAAAACGAGAAAGUAGCUGCUGCUGAACAAAACUGCCCUUAAAUACUUCUUAAACGCAUCCGAUCGACUCUGAUCAGAAAGAAGAGUAGGCGUUUAUGUGUACACGCAAAUGUGGCUUUAAUUACAGCCACCCUUCGUGGAAACAUGCUUUAACUGUAAAGUGAUGUGACUAAUAUUGAUAGUGUGAAAAAGUCAUGUGUCGUGUACAGAAUGAGGCAAUCCCGUGUGCUUUGGUUGUGCGGUCACAUGGAGAUAAAACAUAAUUAUCCUAAAGGAUUAAUUAGGAUUAGCUGCAGAGCCCUGGAGGAUAAAUGUGUAUAUGAAGAUAUAUAAAUCAUGUGCGACCCUUUAAACCCCCUUUAGGUAAAUGAGCUGCUGUUUGUUUUUAUUCCUCAAUAAAGAAAAAAAAAGUGUGCAGAUUUGGGUUCAGAGUUUCUUCUGAAUACAGAUCCAUCUUCUCUUUGUGUAAUAAAAUACUCUUUUUUUCUGUAUGAAUGUGAUUUAAUAGGCUUUUUUUUCUGCAUGUCGUCCAUCUUUGCUAAUCCUCUUCCCUUUCCUUGUAACUUUCUCUCUCUCUCGUCUCUCUGCUCCGUCCACUCUGUGCUAAUGAGGCUGAUAUGGACUGUGGUUUUUCGUGGCUGCAGGCGCGGCCUCGGUCCUCCUGCUGUCUUUAAAAGAGCAAUGAAACUGAUUUCUACACACAGCCUUUAUACAGAUAGUAAAUUUUCUAAUUCUUCUUUUUAUAAAAAGACUUAACGAUGGAAAUAUGACCACAUGAAGCGGCGGUGACUGUGAGAUUACAGCGGGUUAUUAAUGCCCUUCAGCCUCACAUACACACACCACACAAUUGUUGGUUUUUCAAUAAUAACUUGCAGACUUUGUGCAUUUCUCUGCUCUCCUCUGUCUGCAAACAUGUAUGACCCUCCUGUCGAGAGGCGACCGGGCUGAGAUAUCAGAACAUGCAUUUUCCAUAUAACACACGCUUCCUGCUGGAGUUCAUUUAAACUCUUUGCGCUCGGGUGGGCAGCCUCUGUGAGCAAUUCAAAUGAGUUUCUUCACACUUAACUGGUUUUCGGCUGACUUGGCAUGUAAGAAUAAUGUUUUAUGGCGGAUAUCAACCCAUUUUAACCCGAUACAGAGAAAUGAGCCGAGAAGGCAGGCGGUGUAAUCCUGAUAAAUUGAUGUGCUGUAAUGAUAUCUGCCCUCUUAAGACACCUCAGCCGCACAGCACGGUGCUUUUUAUCAGUGAGAGUGGAGAGGAUCACCAAGGACAGCGAUAACAUAACAGGAUAUUUUAUUUAAAAUCGUUUGUUAACCAGGAAUUAGCUCAAGAUGCAGCAACACUUUUAUAAUUCAACAGACGCUCUCACCGCUGUUGUUCAAAGAGCGAUAAGUCAACAGACCCAUUAGAAGCUCAUGUCCCUCGGCUUAACCUGCGCGCACACUUUGACAACAGCAGCACCUUUGACCUCGACCAUCCUGGACCGCUGAUUUAAAACGGUUACCAGGUUACCAGCGUCAAAGGUCUGGCGGUCUUGUGGUCAGUUGCUGGUUUACAGCCGUUUCAGAGCAGCCAGGAGUGACCCUGUUGUCCGAUGACUUUUAACCAAACGUGUCAGUGGUUGUCAUGGUAAUGAAAGCUUUUAAAUCAGGGAUAAGGUCCUUGAGAGUCUAUCCUGUAUACCCAUCAGAUAUUUCUUUGACAGAAAAAUGAAAUUUGGCGUAGCGGGCCUGGUGCCCCGGUUUUGAUCCUAGUCCCUCUUCCUGCUCCAUCUACUAUCCUGUCCUGUCAAAUAAAGCCCAAAAACUAAACCUAAAAAAAACCUAACUGUGCCGCCUGCUCCUUUUUGUGAUGCUUUCAUUUGAUUCAGCUCACAUGUCUCAGUCACUGUCCUCUUGAGAAAUGAAGCUGCCCGUUAGUAUUCUCUGCGGACUAAUCUAAUGAGUAGUACACUGAAGUCGACUACAUUUGGAUCUUUUGAAGAGUUUGACACCUCGAUCAAAACACUUGGCUGGAUGCGUAUCUCAUUGUUUCACUCAGAUGGUUGGGAUGAUUGAACGCUGCUGUUUUUUCAUCUACAUUUCAUUCUCUGAGCUGCUUCUACUCCACAGAUGUUAGAACAAAUCCUCCACUGAAGUGUAGGGCUGCAUGAUCAAUCGAUUUUAAAUCGUAAUCAGAUUAUUUGAUUAUGAUGAUAUUCGUCAAAAUCGUCAAAUCGAUUUUCCUCUCUAUCACGUAGGCUCCUCUUGCCUGUGGAUGUGCUCUCCAGUUCCCACACACACCAGUGUAAACAAACAUGGCGUUGGCAAAUGGCAAAUGAAGGCGAUAAUUUUGUGGCUUAAUAGGACAAAAGCGAGUCAGUUGUGUUGAAUUGGUACAGCCUCACAGUUUCAGAUGAAGAGUAAACCACUCCCCCCUGCAAAGUCUGUCUGAAGGUGGUAUCAACCCGUCACCACGGAAAUGAAUUCAGGAGUAAACGCUAAAGUUUUUUGUCGUAUCGGAAUUUCAUCCACAUGGAAACGGCGUUUCAGGUGACUGUAAAUGGGACUUCUUGAAAACGGGUCAGAGAGUUUAUAAAUCUGUAAACGACGACCAUUUCAUGUCCAUGUAGAUGUCUAUCUGCAUCUCUGGAAACGAUCAUGUGACACACAACGUAACUCUUUUAUGGCGCCAAAACAACCUUUAUACACAUGCUCUGUACUCUUCUUCUGUCUUUGGUGCAUCUCCUGUGCAGCGUUACAGCGCCACUUACUGACUUGGCAUAUGUACAAGAUCGUUUUCAGUGGUUUCGUUUUGAGAGAUGAUAGAAAAACUUUUUAUUUUUGAAGUGAAGUUUGGUGAAGUUGUCACUGAAUAAUUUGUGCAGCCCUUCUCAAAUGUGUUUAAUCUCGUGGCUCAUUUUGUCCAUUAAACUAUCUUGCUCCUUUUAAGAUCUGAUGAUAUGUUUGUGAAAUCCGACCCUAAAAUACGAUUUUUGUAACCCUCUUCGAAAGCACCAUCAGAGAGGUUAGGAAAGCCAGCUCUCCUGAGUCCUUAUCCUCACAAACACAAGGCCUCCAGGUUUAAUAAAGGUGCCAGUCUGAAGAUGAUUGAUCUAUUGAUAUUUUAUAUGUCAUCACGGUCCAGCAGUUCUCCCUGAGGGUCAGCGUGUUUGUGUUGAACUAUGUGUGUCAUUUGAGUUAUAAUCACGGCAGAGUGACAGUCGCCAAGCUGCAGGGAUUUUAAAGUUAUAGAUCGCGGACCUGAGAAGUCUUCGUGACCCAAAGAUCUAGUUUUGUCUAAUCCUGAAACCUCCUGAGUCCUCAGCAGUCAGGAGUUUUGUUAAAAAGGAAAGCUUUCACUGUUAUCCCAGGUUGUUAUUGGACUGUUGCGGGGAAUCUUGCCCUUCCACAGUAACUGUAUGAGUCAUGGUCAAAGUGGAGAUCAGUUUGUUAAUGCUGGUUAAACAGCGCAGUCAAAAUCCUCCACUCUUGGCAGUGUUGUUCCCAUGAUUUCCCCGGAGAGUUGGAUCCAAGUCCAGAGAAAGCUCUGUCCUUUUCAAGUCCAUUCAAGAUGAAAAAGGAAAAAAAAACUUGCAAGAGUGGAAUCUUACUGGAUUGACCCACAAAAACUGUAAAAACCAAAAUGAUCAGCAUGCAUUAUAUCUUCAGUUGAAUAUUACGUCUUUUAAACCUCUUUUUUCUCUGACAGACCUUUCACAGCGCCCAACAAUUACUCUUCUUCAUGUCAUAAUAAAAAUGACUGACAUCCUCUAAUCACCGAGGGGUUCUCUCCACCACAACAGCCUCACGUGGCCGUCCACCCACUGCACAGAGGGAAUCCCCAUGUGGUCACUGUGGCUGUCGAUCAAAUCUUGUUAUACCCAACAUGAAAAGCUCCUGAUGUGGUCUGCGUGUGAUGGAUCCUGUAUAUGUAGAGCGUCACAAUAACAUGAGCUGAGUAGACACUUCAAAUCGCCUCUUUUACCUGGCUCUCCACAGACUCCCUCGCCUCUCUUCUCCCAUGCAGACGAGAGAUUUGGAGGUAGAGUGUGCACCCUGGCUGGAUAUGGGAGAGCUUAAAGGGAUAUUCCGGCGUGAUUCAAGUUACAGUCAAACACACCGUAACACCAAGUUAGACACCCCCUUGAGAGAUGAAUGUUGCUUCUCUAGUUAUACCAACUUUAGUAACGACCACAGGAUAGCAAUACAGAGCGGUCUGAGGAGCCAUAAACAAACCUCAACCAAAACACCACUCUAUAGCCACAAAUAAUGCAAAUAACUUCAUCAACAGGACAUAUAGGGUCCCAGCCAUAGUACUAGACACCAAACAUCUUUUUAACUUUGCUUGAUUUCUGUAGCAAAGAGACUAAACACAGCCCACCCACUCUCCUUCAAGCAGCGGCUUGUUUGUAGGGAGCCCUGACGAGUCAAUCACAGAGUGCAGCGGAGUUUCGCAGCUCAAGGAAGAACAUUUAUGAUUAUUACUUCAUGGAAAUGCAAUCAGACUGAAACACUAAAGCAGAAGAACUCCCAUGUCUGCAGUGCAAAAUGAUUAAUAUGGUGAUUAUUACUUCAAGAAAAUGACCCGCUGCACUCUGUGAUCGACUCAUCAGGGCUCCCCAGGACGCAGUAGUUCUUCCGCCUUAGCGUCUCGGUCUUGCCUCCUCAGACAUUUUUCUCUCUUAUAUUCAGAAGUCGAUCUGGACCGACCUCUAUCCACACCAGUACAGAGAGGCACGUGCCUACUUGAUUACCCAUGAUGUUCUGGCUCUUCCCACCCAUCUGUCCUCGAUGCUCGGGUGUUGAGGGACAUUAGGGGCCAUGUGGCAGGUUAUGUAAUUAACUGGUAGAGCAUGAAUUGUUGGAAAAGCUCAAAAACUAGUAAUCAGUUUACGGCUAGAACACCAAGCUUUUAAAGCUCGAUCGCUCAGAUGUCUCUGCAGACAAAAGAGUCUCUCUGAAGUUAAACACACAAACACAUCAGUUGUUUUUCUUCAUGGUGCUAAUUACCCAUGUCUCCAAAUGGAUUUGUUUUCUGAUCUCGGUGGGGAGUUUGGAGAAUUUAAAUACCCCACCUGCAUCAAAGGGGAGGUGCGAGACACCGAGACGCAUUAAAGGCUCUGCUGUUUAUUAUUGAUUCAUGCUUUGACCUAGAAAGCAGUUAAUAGCUAACAAUUAGGCUGCAGGACACCUAACUAUCCUCUAUGGUGAAAGGGAUGGGAGGAUAUAAUGCAUCAGCACAUGCCUGCAGUGCUCAAUAAAUCAUUCAUCAUCCUGCAGGAGUGAAGCUGCUCUCACCUGGGCUGUGUCGGGUGUUGCGGCAUUCUGAUGCAAGUUUGCACAACUCUUAAAUGAGAAUUUGCACUGCUGCUUCAAAAGGUUGUUGUGGUGUUGAAACAGGACAGCAGCCUUUCACAACUCCAUUAUCUCGAACAGCGAAGGGUGUCGUUACUAACAGGUUUGUUGGCUGGGCGCGGACAGCAUGUACACUCAUGAGAUCAAUGCCAAGAAUCUAUAACAACACAAGCUGGCAUCCCUCCAGCAGGAUCCAGCCAGCUGGGUGGGAUUACACAGGGAAGCAGUAAUGUAUACGAGAGGGUUGAAUGGUUUAUUGUUCUUGUCUUGUUUGUUUCUCCUGACGUCUCUAAAAGCUUUAAAUAUCAAGGGAACUGUUAUUCAUUAUUAAUUCCUAAGAUUUCUGAGCAGAAAAGUCAAACAGGAGAUGCAACAAAAAUUGCCAUAAGACUGGGCGAGUUGGCAGAAAAAUUGUCACAAGAUAUUUUCUCGAUAAUUAUUACUUUUUGUUCGAAUUGCCUGUUUUAAAGCAUCUGUACUAAAAACUGAAGAAACUGGAGAUUAGGUCAACAUUUUAUUAACAUACUGAGCGAAUUGAAUGAGAUAAACUAAAAAAAAAAAAAAGAAUAUUUUAACUCAACAAUACAACAAAUGUAGAUAAAUACUAAAUAAUACAGUAAACUAGUGUACAGUGUUUAGAGAACUUCUUCAAAUGAUUAAACAGAUCUGUUGCAUUGCUGGUUUUUGAGGGCACUGACCGCCGACAUACCUUGCACAUCGGUUUAAUAGGUCGACAUCACUUUGGAGAUACCCAAACCAACGCCACACAAAGAUGGCAUCUUCGGAGGAUGACUGAGUCACGGCUGACAUCUAUUUUCCUGCCCUCAGCUCCGCGUUUAGCUCCAUGUUCGGUCAUUCUAAACUUCUCUGGUAACUUACAGAAGUGGUGCAGGAAAAGCACGACUCUGAUUGGCUGAGUAAAUAUGCUCACAGCUGAUCAUCGUGAUCAAACUGAAAUAUGUCACGAUCAUAUAAUCACCCGGUCCUAAGUUGACACACGAGAAAUGCCAGCUGACUGUUCUGACUGUUUGCAGAUAAGUCACUUCCAAGUCAAGUCCUAAGUCCCCACUUGUGCUGGAGCACCCCGAAUCCACCCAUGACACCCAAUUCUCCUCUUUUAAUAGCGCCAUGACCUCCUCCUUCCUACUUCUUUUUUGCCUUUCUGUGCCUGAUCCUUAAGAAAAAAAAUCAACAGAAACAUCUUUAAAUUCAUAUGAUUGGGAUUCAUAAAUGAUUGCACUCAAACUUUCUAGACAUCUAAAGAAUAAAAGCAUGACUCGUCUGCUGUUCUACAUGAGAAGCUAAUGGACCGACAGGAAAUGCUGCCAAGGUUUCCUGCAGGUAUGACAUGAGUCACUGCCUCAGAAAAUAACUGAUGAGGCCUAAUUUAUCCUCCUUUGGCAUGCUGCCGCUGUAGACAAAUGGCACUUAGCAUACAAACGUCAGCCACUUCUGCUGUGGAGUAGAUCAGCGGAUAUGGAGAUAGUUGGAUCACAUGGACCUGUCUGUUGGAAUGAUAUCCUGCACUUUGCAAAACAACUUAAAAUUGAGUAUACACAUGCCGUACUCUAGAGCUAUUUCAGUGCAGGAGGAAACAUGUCAGAGAUGAGGUUAAGCCGGGUUUACAGGUCUGGCUAUAAGUCCAGUGACCAACUCAUGAAAACCUCUGAGUGCGUUCAGCUGGGGCACUCUGGCGCCUGGUCACCGCGGACGAUUGCAUAUGCAAAUGUAAUUAAACCCACGAAAAGCCAAUCUCCUGUUGUCUGCUGAUGUGUCUCCUGUUGUUUCCUAUUUGUGUUACAGAAAUUACCACAAUGACCUGCUUGUAGAUUUUUAUUGAAGAUGUCGGACAGACUCACACUGAGAAACGUCGAAAUCAACAACAAAAAUACGUUUUUUUUAAACUUUAUUACGGACGUUCUGAUUUAUGUUUGUUGGCAUUGAUUGUCCAGUUACAUUUCAGAGCAGAUAUAGAUUCAAUGUCGGUCUGCCUGGGGAACAAGCAAAUGAUAGCAUCAGCGUUGUAGUCCAGUAACUUUAUCAACAGUCCAGGUCACUUUAGCAUCUCUCCCUAUUUACAGUUUGCACCUGAACACAUCCCUGUUCAAGUUUAAGUUUGUCCUCAACUUUUCCUAAACGGGUCUUUUGCAUAUCCAACAUGUUGCAUCACUCCUACCUGCAGCGUGUGCAAAAUCUUUUAAGCAAAACGCACAAUCAUCUCUUUAUCCAAAGAGGAACAAAAUAGCCCAUAAAUGCAAAUGCUGAAAAACACACGGACUAGGCCUUUAUUUAAACUAAAUCACUAGUCAGUGCUCUGAAACUGUCAAUACUUCAGUCCGAGUCGAGUUUCGAGUCCUGAGAAGCAGACCAGAGUCCAAGACUUGGACUCUGGAGCUGGAACAAUGGAUAGCAGUUCAAACUUUUGUAUAAAAAAACAGUCUUGACAAAACUGCAGGACUGAGAGUAAAAAUUGGGAAAGUUGUCUCUGAGGAUCUCAGCAGGUGUUCAGCACUGUUUGUGAAGACUCGGCUCUCAGAUUUGCAUAUCAGAAGACUAUGUUCUUGGUGGAGGUCUGCACACUUAAAGUUUCCCUUUAUCAAAAUGAAUAAUCGUGCAUCUUAUUUUUUAAAGAUUUAAUGUAAUUUUUAACGACCUUGUCUCCAAAAAUAGAACAUAUUUUGAUUGCAGUUGAGCAUUUAUCUACGUAUCUGUGAUCGUCUAACGGUGAAAGUUUCAGUUUUUUGGUAUCAUGCACUCAAAAGGCCUUGACUUUGCAAAAGUGCACAGAUGGAGAGCAGCAGAACUUGCCAGAACAGCAGGUCCUUUAGCCCAGCAGUAUCUAGAACUUUCUGUCAGGGUCAGCAGCUGUACUUUUGACACAAACUCACACACACUCACACUCACACACUCCGGCCUGUCUGAUCUAAGGGCAGAAGGACUCAGUGAUGUGUUGUGGCCCGCUGAGCCGCCUAGAGGAUCCUGAUGCAAAGAGACGCCAACUGCUGCCGUGAUACAUAUGAACAGGGUGUGAAGGUACCAGAGACCACAGCAGGAGAGUCACAAACUGAGGAGUUUGUCUUCUCCCACACGAGUUGGGUCCUGAAGUGAGUUUUUAAGCAACGUGUCCAAGAAAUCACUGAGUCACGGCUGUUGCUCAACAACCUCGACAACCCCUGCAGAUGUACUGGGGGCUGUCUGUGCAACCAGGCUGCGAAUAUCAACUUAGUGCCAUGUUCAUGAUGGUGAAACAAACACCCAUAAACAUAUGCAUGUCCAUGAGAAAUGACAUGCAAACAUAAACAUCGGGAAAAGAUGUGGAUGUGUAAGUAUGCUCAGACUCUAGAGGCAUAUUCAGCUUUUCAGAAAUAGUCCUAUAUAGGGAUGCACGAUAUUUAUCGGACCGAUAAAAUAUCGGCCGAUUUGGGGGGAAAUUACGUCAUUUUUUAUCGGUCCGAUAGGUGCAUUUUUCCGAUAGAAAGAUCCGAUAUAUUAAUGAAAUUACAAGUAACGUUUGCAGGCGGAGUAGCCGCCCGUCCGAGACGCGCUGGUUACGUCAUCUAUCGCGCCUUACUCGCAGGUCCCAAGCCUGACCCCGUCACUACCUGACAGAUAAUAAAAUGUCUUCACCAGCAUGGUCGUUUCUCUCAGUGGCAGAAGAUGACAACAGCAUUGCUAUAUGCAAAACCUGUUCAGCGAGGAUUCCGAGAGGAGGAAAGAAGACGUCAAGUAUUAACACAACGAAUCUGAUAGCUCAUCUGAAAAGUCGCCAUCGCGGCGAAGCGGUAGUAAAAGAAUAUGAGACAGCCGCCGAAGCUUCUAGCGGUACUAAAGCUAAGACAACAACACUACGGAGGAUCGAUGUCCCCAUUCAGCAGGCGUUUAAAAACUGCAAAAGCCUCUCAAGAGACAGCGAAAAGGCUAAAGCCUUUAACGACAAAGUGAUGGAGUUCAUAGCGGUCGACGACCAGCCUUUUUCCGUUGUUGAGAACCCGGGUUUUCGCAAGUUAAUAGCACACUUGGAGCCACGUUACACUCUCCCAAGCCGCCGCUUCUUCUCGGAUGUGUCUCUUCCUGCACUCUAUGAUAUUGUCGCCACAUACAUUCACAACCUGAUCGACAAGAACGGACUACACGUGAGUUUUACCACAGACAUAUGGACGUCAGAUGUUAGUCCGGUCAGCAUGCUAAGCCUAACGUCUCAUAAUAGCUCCUUUACAGUUUACAGUUCUGUUGAACAGCUCAGGGGAUCAAAUGAAGUUCUGCUUUUUGCUCUGUUAUUGUUAUUUAUAGCAAAUGACCACAUUUGAAGAGCCAAAAACUUUUGUUUGUUGUUCUAGAUAGGCCAGAGCAACAAAAACAUCAGUUUUCAAUCGCUGCAUCCUGCACAAACUGCAGAUUAUAUGAAGAUUAUAAUAAAUGUAAAAAUAUGAAUUUAUCGGUUAUCGGUUUCGGUAUCGGCCAUGAGAAGAAGAAAAUUAUCGGUUAUCGGUAUCGGUUGAAAUUUUUCAUAUCGUGCAUCACUAGUCCUAUAACACAGCAACACGUGUAAACAAACAGGUGUUGACACAUGCAGUAAAAACAACACAUUCACAUGUUCACCCGAACAUACAAAGAGGUUCAAACACUAACACAAGCAUGUUCAAACACACACCAGCAGCACGUCAGCGGCGCACAUGCACAGAUGGGCUCCCUCUCUACCUCUGCAGCGACUGUGCUGUGAGGAAAUGACUCAUCUGUCUGGCCUGAAUAUUUGCACCUACAUUAUACAACAUCACAGGGUCGGCCUCCGCUGUCCGUUUAUGAGGAUUUAACAUCAAACAACAGCGUUUAGUUCGGGUCAGGAGGGUUGGAUAGAUUAAAUACAGAGGUAACUUUUUAAUAACUGCAGGGUGAAGUGAAAACCUCAAUAUGAACAAAAUAUACACACACAACACGAUGACUCUGUACCGACACUGAAGCGUGGGAGGUAUCCAAAGUCGCUUCUCCUCAACUAGAUUCUUGUAGACCUUCAGCGAACAGAAAAGUGGGAUUUUUAGGCUAAACCUAUUUUUGGGAGCAGAGAUAGUCUGAAGGCAGAAAAAAACUGAUGAAGUUUAUUAAGAGGCUAUCUGAGACGGAGUAAUGAGCUGCGAGGUGCAGGUAUUUUUAGACCGCUCCUUUGUUUAUUUCAAAGUAGGGCUGCAUAAUUAUCACGCUUAUUUUUGAUUGAUAUUGAGACAUGACUGCUCUUGGUUUGGAAUCUGCACCACAUACAUUUACUCAACUUUUAAACUCUUUAAAACUACAGAGCCCUGAAGAGAUGAUAAAACUCGCCUGUAGCAGGGUAUUUUUUGUAUGGUGUUGUUAAAAAUAAAAGAACCUUAACUGCUUUUUAUCACAGUAUGCAGAUCCGACAUACCAUUUUAGGACUGCAACGAUUAAUCGACGUUGACAAAAAUUCUUAUAGAAAAAAAAUCGACAAUGAAUUCCAUUGUCGACUAUUGUCACCGAACUUGUUUUUUCCAGUAGAGUGAGGCAUCUUACUUCAUUAUAAUCUCUGCCUAGAGUCACACAUGCGCAAUAGCAUCUCCGUCGAGUGGUAGGGUAUUCAAACAUGGCGGCGCUGGCUUCCCAUACAGGAGCUGUGAAUGCACGCUUAAAAACCUCCAAAGUUCGGGAGCACUUUAGCCAAGAUAAGGCAGAAAAAAAAAUUAAAUUAAAUUCUUAAUUAUCCGACUAGUUGACUAUUAAAAUAGUUGUUAGUUUCAGCCCUAUACCAUUCAGAACUGGGAUAUGGAUCAUUGUCGUCCUGUUUAGCCCAACAGGUGUAAGUUCGUCAACUUAUGAUCAGAACAGCCUUUUUUCGGCUUGCUCUCUCCGUCCCUUGGCUUUUCAGACACCUGCCUCCUCCUGCUCCUCUCCCUACUCUCCUCUCUCCACCUGUGGCUGCAUGAUUGUCAUGUCUGUAUCCGCUCACAUAAAGGAACCACUGUUACCCUAAAAUACCCCUCGUGACGUCCUCCUGUCUUAGAUUAUCACUCAUUUUCCACCUGGCCCUCUGAUAGAACGCGCUGCUCAGUGGAAACAAUGAGAAACUCUCUGGCAACGGCAAAAGGCAGCAGAUGACCUUCACUGCACCCUCUUGACAAGCAUCCAAAAUGGCCGCCCUCUUCAAUAUGUCACCUUGGCACGAAAAGCCUGCCGCUUUUCUGCUUUAAUUACGCCUCCAUCAAUAAACGCUUGAAGGUUUAGGAGAUUCUUUUCAAGUUUCUGCACCCAGACACGAACACACAGAGGUAGACACACACGGUAAGAGUCCCACUGUGGAUGAAAAACAAACAAAAGAGCUCAUCAGUUAGGUCCACCACGCUCUGAGCUGCCGUGGGUCCAUUAAACUGUGCUGCUCCAUUUGGUUUGCCAUCAUCAAUCACAACACCGCGACUGUUCGCUGCUAACUGCCUCUGCAGGUGUGUUUCUGCACCCUGCACAAUGGACAUGUUUUUUUCUGGGGGCUUUUGUGAGGCUGUUGUGGUUCUGAGACGUGGGGAGGGGUCUGGAGGCAUGAGAGCUGUGACUUUGUCUGAUAUAUGGCACAAGGUUGAGCUGAAAGCCUCGGAGAUGAAAGACGUGCCGCAGCACAACGCCUACAGAGAUUUCACUCAAGGUUACAGCAAGACUGGAGCUUUAAUCCCCGCUGUGACGAUGUAAAAAUAUCGCUGUAUUAACCUUUAACAGGAGGACAUGCUGGUGCAGGAGGAAACUACCACAUUUUUAGGAGAUGCAGCCUACUACCCGUCUUAACAGUCUUUUCAUCUAAAAUCUUGAUUUUGUGUUGAAAAUAGUUUAAAAGUAACCCCUCCUUUUCCCAAAUAAACCACCCUCCUGUAUCCCUGUUGGUUUUCCAUCUUCACACUUAAUUGGUUUUAACAGCGUCCACCUCAUCUCCAAGGAAAGGUGUGAAUCACUUCCCUGAUUAGCUGGAAAGAACAAAAACCAGCAGGUGUCUGGAUCCAAAUCACUGAGCUUACGAUUCCUGCUAUACCUCUCUUUAGUCAACUUGAAAUAAUAAAAAUAGUCUCUAUUUAUGACUUUGUUGCCUUUCCAAGUAGUAAUCCUUCAACACAGAUUCUCAGGCUGCGUUCACAAGUUUGUAGAUACUUUAAAAAAUGGAUUUGAGUCAGUUUUUAAAAUAACUCCUGUCCCCUAGAGCGGUUUUUGAAUAUAGAUCUGUCUUUGCCACGGUGUAGAAAUGGUUAAAAAUGCACCCCAGGUUAGUAAAUACAAUCAUACAACACAAUACAAGAGCUUAACUCAUUCAGUGCCAUUGACGGAUUUUUCAGUUUUAUUGCCAGAGGGCGCUCCUCCCCAACAUGAGACUAAGUUUGGGGUCGUUCUGAACGCAGAAAAGCCGACAAAUACGUCACAACCAUGUUACAAUAACAAAAACAAGUACUCGCCAGUGAGAAGUGUGCCAUCAGGUGUGCCAAUUAGCCAAUUUGUGGAGUGUUUUUUCUCUAUGAGGAGAGUAGGAAAAUGCCGAAGUCAUUAGCCAAGAGCUAGUAGUCUCGGGACAUCGGCUACCUUGGUCGUGGAGCUCCCGGUACCAGACCUUCGCAUCGUCAGCCGGCAAUCAAAGAAACAAUUUCCGGCGUCUCGUUGGUGCUGGUACCGGUGAGCGAGACUGAGCCUUAAUUCAGCGAUAGUUCAAAGAGGAGGACACGAGCAGUACAUGUGGUUUACGUCACGGUGUCAGGUUCAAUAUGACUCCCAGCUGUCACAAGGUGAUCUUUCACUAUUGGAUCUCGAGAGUGAUGAGGAGUGGUGUCGAGGAGGGACGACCUUAAUACCACCGGUAAAGUAGUUUAAAGUGAAAUGAAAUAGACGAUCAGAGUUCUGCUUUAAAGUCAAACUCCUCCGUAAAAAUGUGUUUUUCCAGGUUUCUUUCUCCAGAUCAGCAAAGAUGAUAUGACCACGCUGUAUUGAGCAGGCAAUAACUAAACACAGGAGUGGGUUAGAGACUAACUCUUUUUUUCUGGUGAAAGAAGAGAAUCACCCAUUUCUUUUGAGGUAUUGCACUUAAUUCUAGUCCAAGCACAAGAUAGUCUGUUGGUCCUGAAACAUACUAACAUUUCUAUUGCGGUCAAUGGUGGCACUGGGUGAAAACUGAGAGAACUGAAUGAGUUUGAUCCCCAAAGGGAAAUUGGUUAGUCAUCCUGAUUUGCUCCAUCUCAAUGAAAGAAGCUCUUCUUUUGAAUAAACUCUUCUCUCAGCAGAAACAUCCAUCAGUUGUUGACAAAAUAUGAUUAAAAAAAAAAAUUAAAGAGCAAAAUUUGCCAAAAAUUCAGAGAGACCAGACCUCGCUGGUGUAAAUGUGAUCUGCCCAUCAUGUCAAAACAUCACAGAUGAACAUGUGCAGAUUCAUAUAGAGCGUCUUCUCGGCUGAAUGUCAACUGUAAGCAGAUUUUAUUCAGAUGUGCACCAAUUAGACAAUAUCAAGUGUGAUAUAUUUGGUUUCCUUGGUAACACAUAAGCAUCCUUGCAGCCCCUCUGCACAUUCAAAUGGUGGGCCUUGGUUGCUUUGUCUCUCAGCAUGCAUCACUGAAGUAUGCCAUCUAUACAGUAUGUACAGACCAAGCUGCAUGUCCUGCUGGCCGUCAUCUGCCGAGCGUCCUUAACGGCCCUCGGUCCCAAACACUGCCAGGGUUUCUGUUGUUUGAAUCCUGCAGGGCUAAGCCAAGCUGAAAAUGUAUGCCCUCACGAUUUUGCAUGCUACCCUGGUUUUAAAGCCCAUGGUAUUUGGCCUCGCUGCAGUGAGGUGGGAAGGACAUGUGGACCGUUAGAGGGUGACUAAAGUGGGGGGUAGAGUGAAUUCAACUGUGCCCCGACUCUGUAGAUAAGACUGUAGUUACGUCAUCUACAAUCUGUCCCAGGGAAAUUCCUCAUUCACCGCUCUGAAGCGAGCAACAGGAGAAAAUAAGCACAGUGUUGCACAUGAGGAGGCGGAAAUGAUGGCAGGAGAUGUGCCAGCAAGUUAGAGACACCCACAGGUGGAAAAAUACAGAGAGGGACACACUGAGAUGUAGCUACAAGUGCUUUAUCUGUCAGGAAUGAGCCUGGGCUCAGGGUGUUUUUAACCAUCUUUAAAGUCGGCGUCUGGCGUCUCACUCUAAAUGCUUCCUGCCAGUUUACAUUAAGAAAAUAAAGCUCUAAUGGUCAGGAAUCGACCCGUGGUCCUACUUCGACUGUGACCGUGCAGUUGGCUUACCACAAUUUCUUAACUUAUUCAACCAAUCGGGAACUUCUGAUCAGACCGUGAUGACCCGCUCAAACAACAUGCAAAUGAGCUGAAAUGUUUCAGAACCAGCUUUAAGGUUUUAUCCCCAAACUCAGAGACCUUUGAUUAGUGAUCAGCUUUUGUAUGAGUUGAUCUCUCAUCUCAAACAUAAGAAGGAGGGAGCACAAACAUAUUUACACCCUCUAAAAAGUCCGGGUUACUUCAGGUUAAAGCUAAAGUUUCCUCUGAUCCUGAACUCAGUUUCACAGCACAAGCUCCUCCUGAUUCUUCUCCCUUUAAAUACAGUUUCAGAAGGGCUUAAAGAACCGUUUACAGAGGAUUCCCCAAGGCUAUAUUGUUGUUGUUUUGAGAUAGCGGGAGUUUUUCAUGCGUACUCCUUCUGUGCUGAGUCACGGCACGAUUCAUCUGUCUCCCAGCAAACUCCAGCGCUCGGGCGAUGACCCCGGGGAGUCAGCUCUCACCUACCUGGAUGCUGAUUCUAAGCUUUCAAAGACUGAAUGUGCUGUCCAUAGCAGGCUGCUGUCUGGCUUUUUACAUAACACUGGUGUGUGGUGGACUUAACAUGCAGUUUGAGGACUCCCACACACAAAGUUCGCCUGCAGUAUUUACUCUUUGGAAAGUUUUUUGUUUGGAGAGAUUUGGAUUUUAAACCGAAGACGAGUUCAGCUCAGCAACCAGCAGAAUUAUAAAACAAUGAAAGUAUUUCUUAAAACAAAACUACUUCUCCACGUCCAAAAAAGUUGGGAUGCUGUUAUCUCACUUCUAGAUUUGUUCUUUUUAUUCAUUACUGAAGACGAAGUGGCAAUUAAUCUCAAGAAAAACUGAAACUGUGGAUGUUUGGUCGCAGGAUUCGUGAUGGAGGUGUUGAAUUUGGUUGCAUUAGAUUAUGUAGGUGUUUAUAAUGUUAUAUCGGGUCUGUUAACAGUAACCUGCAUUUUUGGGUGCAAUGAGAAACAUGGUUCGGACCAUAAAUAGACUGUAUAUAGAAUUGAUGCCGUCUGCGUCCUCGCUGGGUGAAGCCACCGUGAGAACAGCACCCUCUGGUGACAGGCUGCAGCAUAGCUCAUAAAUCCCGCCUCUUGCAGCAAUCCCUAUGGAGCUGUGGACAAACUUUAUGUACAGCUCCGUUUUUAAAAGUUAUUAGGGGGUUCAUGUUUUCUAUGAUUGACACUUAAUACAGCCUAUGAGUGUACAAAGAUCAUCACAGCAACUGUCAGCCACUCCCCACUGAAUGCGUACAAUGCUGCUGCAUAAGUGGUGGUUCCAGGAAGUGGAGAAAAUCCUGGAAAUACCGAGAGCAAUUCUGCUUCAAAUUCAUAUAAUGAUGGAAGGCGGAGCCAAGUUGUCCAUAGUGUAUACAGUCUGUGGUUCAGUCAAUUUUUUUGUUGUGAUUUAGAGCUCAUGCAGCGGUUUCCACUGCAGAGUCACGCCUGUUUUUAACUCUGUGUUGCCUGAAGAUCUGGGCCGUCUAGUGUUAGUUUUUGGCUUUUUCCUUUUGGACAGAGAUUUUUUAAGAUUCUCUAAAUCCUUCAGUAAACACACAUAUACCAUAGGUGAUAAAAUCUCAAAAUUCCUUCAUUUAUAUGUAAACUGAGGAUGUUGAUGGGAGGUCAAUAUGCAUUAAAGUAUCUGUGCUUUCAAAUGUUUGUGCACAUGUGGGGAAGGGGUCUCAACCUCCCUGGAAAUGACAUUUUUCUGCCGAGUCAUGUAACUAACCAUUUGCAAACUAAUCUGAAUGUUAUUGGGAGGAUGUUCCUGAAAGAGUAUUUUAACUGUUAUUAAUGUUUUCCCCUAUAUCGCUUACAUCUAAGACUGUUUUCAGUUAAUUAGGUUUUAAAUGAUUCUCAGACCAUCAAAAUCAGUUUUUAAAAACAUUUCACACAGCCUUUUGAUAUCGGGACUGCCAAUCUAUGUUGUUUAAUCUCAGUAUUAUCACCACAAAUCCUCCAGUUUAAAGUGCAUCUUAAUUUUUCUGACCUGACACUUCUCCGUCAAAGAAUACUUAGUCCAUAACGGUUUUACCAGAUCUGGAAUCAGUCUCAAUAAGAAACUAUUUCCCGGUCUCUCUUGUGGUAAAUUUACAUUUUCUGCAAGUUCAACAUCAUUUACUUUGUGCAAAGAUAUCUCAGAUCUAACUGUGUGCACCGAUUAAAGUCAAAACAAGACAGUUUGAAUCAGACUUUUGCAGAGCGGUGUGAAAGCAUUGCAGUAUAUUGUAGAAGUACGGCGAAUCAAUACUCUAAAGGUUGAUUUGUGUGACAGUUUGAAGCAAUUUUGGACAACAAGCCCUUAGUAUGGGAACUCUUUGCCCUUUCUAUGUGGGUCUUUAAUGGAGGGAGAAAAGCAGCCUGUGUUGCAAACAUGAAUAGAGGAGCUCUGUGUCGAAGCUGAGGGUCUCCGAGCUGCGUCGGUUAUCUGCUCACUGUGAACCUUUGUGAAGGUACACGGGCUGCACAGGCUCUGGAGAUGUGGGUGUUGAGAGAAAGGCUGCCAUGGCUGCUGUGAGUGGGAGUGUGAACUUCUGCUGACUGCUAAAAAGCUUUAUGAAGCUCCCCCGAGUGUUUCUCCUGAAGAGCAGCUGCGGGCACUUGAGAAAGAAGGUCGAAUUAUUGUUAGUGGAUCACAGGGUCACGGGUUAGAUACCCUUUUAACUGAGUCUGAAUUCAGGGAAGCUUUCACCGUGUUAUUCUCUCAAAAGGAAUCUUUCUUCUGCAAAUUAAAAUAAAGAAAGGCGCUGACUGUGUGUUUGUGGACAUCACUCAGCGUGCAUGUGUUGAGAAUCGAUAACUGGUUCUUUUUUUUAGAACUGGUUCCCAGUGAUUCGAUUACUAAGAAUCAUUUUACUGCCUCCUUAACGAUUCUGCUUAUCGGUUCCUCUUGCGUCUCUAUGCGUGAUGACGUAGUGGGGGAGAAGUGUGUUUUGGUUCAGAACUCCCUUACAUGGCGUCAAGGCAAAAGCACUCCGGAGUUCAUCUGUAUUUCACGUGAAAAGAUGAUACCGUGCCUACUUGCAACACUUGCAAAGCUUUAAAUUCGUCGAAGGGGGAAAUACUUCCAAUUUGCGGAAACAUUUGUCCACCCAACAUGCAAUUAAUUUGAGGAAAUGUAACGUGUUUGAUGCGCUACUUAGCGAAGGCGAGUUUGUUACAGACAAAAGCAUGAGCAGAGCUAACGUCUCGGCGUCAUCAAGGUAACGUUGAACUCCUCCAGGUCCUGUCUGUUCUGUAGAUGUUAGCGCCACGUUAACCUUCUUUGACUAUAUAAAUACUCUCCAUCUCCUUAAAAUACAUUUGGAUGAAGAUGACUGCCAGAGUCACGCUAGCUCAGAGGCUCCAGCGGAUGGCUCUCGCGCAACUUUGGCAGCCAUUUUCAUCGAGGCAGGGAAGAGUAAAAUGACAGAGGCGAAGAUAAACAAACGUCACGUAGCUGUGAGCAGAUUUGUGGUCCAAGGGGUACAUCCUUUUGCCACCGUAGAUGCUUCUGAAUUACGGUAGCUUAAUUUGUGUUACCCAUUUGUAUGAUUUGCUUAUUUCUCACUCAUUGAGAAUCGCAAAGGAAUCGUAUGAAUAAGUAUUAUCAAUAAUGGAAUCGGAAUCGCUAAAUUCAUAACAAUUCCCAUCCCUCCACGUUGAGGAAUUGGCAUCAUUUUCUCGAUCAUACAUUACGCACGCUGUGUUUACAUCUAUAAACAAAAGAAAGACUCCAUCACUGACGGCCACUGAGCAAAUAAAUCAUCUGCAAGACGUCCGGCGCCUGGAAAGAGAGCGACGAAAACAGCCAGAGAGAGAAAAGAGCUCUAAUUAGUUUGCAGAUGUGAAUUGGAUGAAAGUGUCUGGAUUUUUGGGGGGGAUGUUAAAUGUGUCACUGGCGGCGAAGGAGAAAGCCAGAGAAUCAGUCACUCAUAAAGUCUGUUUAAUGAAUCACUAAGGGCCAUCUAAAAUAACAUCAAGGUGUGAAUUUCACACGCACCCCCAACGCACCCCACCCCACCACAGACAGUUUUCCAAACAGCUCGACAAGACGAGAAAAUCAAACCGCUGCAUCAAACAGACACGGGUAUUUGGAGUAUGUAGAAAACAUGGUGUUUCUGAGAGUGUGGAGCUGUUAGAACAAGAAAUUAAAGGAAGGAACACCGGAGCCUGAUGUUCUCGGGAGCAGGUGACAAAUCUGGACUCACCUAAGCUGUGGUUGACUUCUUGUUUUACACAUUUUAACAACCAAAAAGGACUCUAGUCUGCAGGGUAAAACCAAAACUGCAACGUUGAGAUUCAGUCUUUGUCUUUAUGCUCAUUAGUUAUUCACACUUUAGUCUUCCUGUGUUCACACCAGGCACAAAUAUAAUUAUUUACUUGCUUAAUACACAUACAUCGGUUUGUGUUUACUCACUUAAUUUAUGCAAAUAACGUGAUCCAUUUUCAUGCUAUAUCACAUCCAUGCAAGGACUCAAACGUGCCAAUUUAUGCAAAAGCAUUUCAGUCAGCUUUCAUCAACCAUGGUCGAGGUCGACUCCACUACGAGGAUUUGUCGAGUUUUCACUAUUUACCAGGUAAUCCGACCUUCUCAUCCACUGUCUGCUUGUUUUUCCAGUUUCAAUUAUAAUAAAAAUGAGUCAGUUUAUCCCCAUUUACCUGAUAAAAGAACCUCCACAGGUCUGUUGUUGACAUACGACAUGUGACUUACUGACGCCUGUGUUGACAUAUGCAUCGAGUAGAUGUUUAGCUCUAACUGCCUUGCUGAUUUAUUGGGGAUUUAGAAUCGGUGAAAUUACUUAAAUAUGUCUUCUAAUAUUUCUAAAUUAGGGUAAGUUUAGGUGUUUAGAUGGAGUUAUUGAAGUCGCAGAAACGAAAAACUGUUUCAGUCUGUCAUAAAGGUGCAGUUUAGUAUAUUUUACAAACAUAUUAGAGAGAAGGAAAUUUUCAGAAAUCAGAAAUAUCAGAUUUUGAAUGUCCCACGGUCCACCAUUAGUGUUUUCAUCUCACCCACUUAUUGUCUUUACAAAGACAAAAAUCAUGCAGCCUCAUCUGUUCACUGCUUGUUAGAAAAUAUUGAAUAAAAUUACUUUAUUUAGUAACCUGGCUAAUUUAAAAUCAAAAGUCUAAAUGCAUGUUUAAAAGUUUUGAUUUUACAGUAAGAAGGACACUAAAGGGACAGUGUUUUGGCGUGGGUUUGAGGACCCACUCCGAUGAAAAUCAUGUUUGUCUUGUUGUCUACAUGUUCAUACCGCAUUUUUCUGAUGCUACUGGAUAUCUCAUGAGAAACUUGAGCAUGAAAUUGUAUUUCUGAGAAUUUCUUCAUUCAAAUCGCUGUGAAUCUCUGGCAGACCCAAACUUCAGGUUCAGACACAGUGAGAUUUCCUAUGUAGCAAAUCGAAGCUCCGCCCCCAGAGCCCCGCUAUGCAGGCCAGACUCAGAAAAGUAGAGAGGACAAUCGCAGAACAAGCGUGUGCGUUAGCAGAUUGCAAUACACAUAAGAAAGAUAAUUAUGAUAUUAACUUUCAUCAUGUCCCUAAAGACAUUAGUGUCCAAGAACUGAAUAGCUCCUAUGUUACCUGCUACUUCUACUACACCGGCAAUGUUAGGCUGCAAGUGAGGGUGAAGAGGAGUGUGCAGAGCAGUGCUGUCUCCGCCCACGACUCAGAGGCGAAUUGCUAAUGAUCUACUGGAGCUCUGCAGAAGAAAAGUUCUUAAAAAUGACACAGGUAACGUGGUUUUGGAAAAAAAAACUUCAUAACCACAAAUUAAAGACCACUGAGAACACUUUAACUCGUAAAAAAAAAAAGAUUGGAGUAGGACUUUAACACUUUGUCCCUUUUUUAAGAUUUAAUCAUGGGGUUGGUUCUCUGUACCCAAAGAUAAGACAGUGAGGAGGUAGGAAACUAGGAAGAGAGGAAGAAAGAGGACGAACAAGCUGCAAAAGGAAACAGAGCAGGUUGAAAAACUUAUAGGACCCCAGUAAAGGAUUUAAAGCCAAACUGGCCCUCCAUUCUUAUUCCUUUUAUGAAUUCAAAUCCAAGACUGCUCUGAUUUAUGAGUUUUAAUUAUACAGAAACCUCAACCAGGGAGUUAGUUCAGCAUUAAACCUGGACGCAGCGAGAUGCACAGAGCCUAGUUUGGUCCACAGAAUCUGCUCCCUUUAACCUACUAUGAUGUUGUUCUUGUUUGGUUCAGCCAUCUAACAUACUAUAGACUCUGCUGGUUGCCUGGCAACUGGAGAAGUAUACUCAAACAUCAAUAUGCAUACAAAAAUCUAUUCCAUUUGAUGCAGAGUUUUGUUCAAGAGGUUUUGCAGCUCCUGAGGCCUUCAAAACUCCUACAAUCGUCACGUUCAGAGGUAGGAUUUAUCUCGGUACAGACGAUAAUGAGCGAGGCUGACUUUCGACUGUUCAAGGGUGCAGUCGGGUAAUUUAUUCACCCACAUGUGAGGGUCAGGACCCAGAGCGAUGAAGACGACCUCCUGUCAGACAUUCGAUACAACCUGACACUCAUGAAAUCAGCCAGGCAGGGAGAGGACACACGGUCAGGGAGAGACUUUAUAUAAUGGGAAAAUAAAGGUGGAGACAAACGUGUGCGGGAAAGGUCAGACCUUCCACAGAGACUCAGACUAUCACUGACUCUGCACAAACACUUCACAUACAAUAACACUUUGAGUUGGGGUGACAUUGCUGCAGUCCUGUAAGCUGUCUGACUCCCCGGAGGUAAAAAUCAGAGAAUCAAUAGCAGCCUGGGGGUCAUGCUGCUGCUGAGGAGAAUUGCUCUUUCUGUUAGCAGAGUGAUUAUGAGACUGAAUUGGCGACUUUGUUAUCAGGGCGGCGCACAGUUCACACAUCAAUGCCAGGAUUUGUCCUCCAAGACAAUGAGGGGCGAAGAUAUCUGCUCAAUCCAUAUCUACAGAGCUGCAAGGAGACAUGUCCCACAGGCCCACAGAGCAGGAGGAACGAACGCAGACCCCAGAACAGCUGGAAAAGGGAGGAUGGUGAACGCCGUUUCAGUUUAAAAACACGGGAAAGUCACGUUUUGAGAGUGGAUGUUGUAUGUAAAGGCCAGGAUCAUGAUAGUUAAAAAAUCAGUAUGUAGAACUGUUCAGGAGCAAACUGUAUUUCUGCGUCACCUUCUCGUUUUAUGGUGAAGCAUCCGUUUGAUGAGGUGUCAGGGUUGGGUUUCUGGACUUGUUUUGGGGAUUUUAUAGGGCUGGGCGAUAUGGCUUCAAAUCAAUAUCACGAUAUAUUGAUCAGUUCACCUUGAUAACGAUAAAUGGACGACAACUACUCCACAAGCUGCUCACCCCCUCCCACAUUAACUUCGUCUACUUCAGCCGCUACAACUCUUGAACCGUCCUCCAUCUCCUCACCUGUCUUUCCCUCUUUGUUACGGACUGGAUGGGGUGGAGUCAUCGUCUCAAAGGGACGUGAGACCAUAGCCUACCUACACACAUCCAAAACCAACUUCUAUUUAUUUACUUCUUUGACACCAAAUAAAAUUACGUCAAUUAUUCUUGUAAAUUUUGGUAUCGGUGAACUUUCGGUUUAUCGCCCAGCCCUAGAAUUUCCUCAUGACAGCAGGACUUUCAUGUUCAAGCUGCCUCUCAGAGGACACAGCUGCAGAUUAAAGAAGGUAUCAGCUGACGUCUGGCAUGUGUUUAUUCUUUCUCUGAGCUUUUGGGAGACACGAUGAGAAGAUUGCAAAAACAGAGAGGCUCAUUUACAAUGCAGCGGUGAUGGCGCGCUAAUGGUGAAGCCGCUAAUUACUGAUGAUUCCAGCUGGGCCGAAAAGAGAUGAUAUCGAGUCAUGUGACUGGAGAAGUGUUGAUUAAUUAGUUUCUGCUUGUUUCCGCCCUCGAGGGGAAUCACUGGUGCAGCAGCAGCAGCUGCGGCGGCGGCGUGGCGUCUCAUCAAACUGACUGAACUUUGAGGCGACAGGUUCAGAGCAGCUCUGUUUGUUCACAACAACUGAAGAAGCACAGGAUGUCAAAUCUGCAGUUCACAGCACAAGCCUGACAACUCCAUAUUCACUCAAGUUAUUUAUGACUGCUCAACCUCCGACGAGAAUUUCCUCUGGAUCUCAACAUGUGAAACAAAAAGCAAACUCAGAUAUCAGGAGAAUAAACUCGAGGAGAAACUUUAAUCCUGGAUUUGGAGCUCGUGAUGUUUCCUGUUUAUCUUCCACGAAAUGUUUGCAUAGACUCUCUUACGCCAAAUGCGGGUCUCUCUAUUUUUGUUUGAGGCUCACUGAGGACUCUGUCUUCCUGUCCCUCCACGAUGACACCCAUCUAAUCCUCACCCUAACCAGAGAUCCUUUAAACUCUCCAUCUGCUCUGUUUAAAUAGGUUGAGACAUAAAUAUGUUGCAGAAGAAACAGAGUUUUCAGAGUCUGAAGUGAGUCACUGACGCUGAGUUUAGAAAAGCGUCUUUUAGCUUUACUUACUGGGUGUUUGCAUCAACUUUAUGUUAACAGAUAUAAGGAUAUAAAGUGUUUUUAUCUAACUGACCUUAAUUCAAACGGUGCAACAAGACUGUGCAUCUGAUGGGGAUGUAAAAUUCAUGAAAUACAAGCUGAAAACCAGCAUUUUGCAUCCAUUGUGCAGGAGUGACUGGAGAAUUACCAGCACAUAAAUAAACACAUUUUAGAUAAAACAACACAAUGCAUGAGUACUGUAGCAUUAAGAUCUACAGACUCUACACCGUUAAUCCUCCUCCUGUGUUUUUGAUUUUUAAACGCUUGAAAGAAACACGUAAAUGAGCUUUUAUGCAUCAAGACUUUUUGAAUUUGUCGGGAACCUCUAUGUCAACAAAAUAAAAACAAAAUAAUUAAAUUGACCCAAUUAUAAAAUGCUCUUAUUAAAAUUAUGGCACUCGUUGUGUUAGGGUCGCUGUUGACCGGGUUAGAUCAAUAUCUAAUAAUCAGAGCAAAAACUAAAAUCAUAACACUGACAGUCAGAUCCUCUUCCAAUCAUGUGAGAUUAAGGAAAUUCUCAUUUUUCCGUGUUUUUCCCUGCACAAAAAACAACGUCGGGCAUGUCCAGACAUGUGAGAUCAAUUGAGUACAUAUGUACGUUAGUACGCUAGUUAGUUAGUUAGUUAGUCUAUUGUCCACAAGUGUAAAUUUGUCUUUAGUCUCAUCAUGUACAAAAACAGAUCAACAGCAGCAAGGACAGCAGCAACAGACACAUAACAAAUACACACAAAACCUCAUGGCAGCAAAAGAGGGAGGACAACAGUGGCAUGUACUGUACAUGACAGGCAGAUCUAACGAGACAUAGGCCGACUAUACGCCAAGUAUAAUACGAAGUAUAACAAACGUGCUGUACAGAGGGGGAGAAGGAUACUGACAAAGAAAGGCCCAGAGGACCACAACAAAAAAUACUUUAAGCAAUAUUUUCAUGGAUAAUGAAGCCGAACAAGGUAACCUAGAGAUGAGAACCAAACUGGAUGAUUUAGCUGAUUUAAGAUAUGGGUCAAAACUGACCCUUAACAUGGUGGUAAAAGCUAACACAGGAGGAAGGUUAAAACAUCCGCAGUCUCUCUCUUCACAGUCUGGUGCUGCAGCUGGAGUUCCUUUAUCAUGAGCCGGCUUAGCGAUCUAAGCCGCUCUGACAUCAGUUCACUCCACAUCUGACACCUUGGAGCUCCAGUUAGCCCUCUAAAACCUGGCCCACACAAGCCUCUUCUCCCCGGGUCAGCACAGUCUGCCACAGACCAGCAGCUCUCCUUCAACCCCGAGGAAUAAAGGUUAAUUUUCCAAGUGAGCUGCUCCUGUCACAUGCAUUAAUGUUCUGACUCAUACACUGUGGACUGGCUGGCUGUGUGUGUUGGUAUGUUUGCCGCGCCGGGUGCUGGAUGCGUUUCGCUGACUGUGACUCAUACUCGGCCGUCGGCUCUGAGACAUGGAGCCUGUCAGAAGGUCUGCCGCUGACCGGCUCGGACACAGGGAGCCCAGUCGGUGUUUGUACGCGACAGAGAGCAUGUGGGUUUGUUUGUGAGCGUUUGUGGCCGAUCCUGCUAAAAUGAUUAAUCCUCGCUAGGAGCAAUGUCAGAAACUUGAACGCUCUUGAAUUACAUCUGUACCUGGAGCUUUAUCUUUACGCUCACCAUCAAGUAUUCAAUGUGGGAAUUACAUGAUAAAACAUCCACAUGAAUAUAUACAACUCUGCGUCUCAAUCAGAGCAAAUAAAACACACGUUUUAGCUCUGACACACCGAAAGCUUUUUUAAUACAAAAACAGUGUAACCGAGUCUUUAUUGUGUUUAAAAUCAGUCAUUUUACUGAAGCAUUUUCAGUAGGAAGUGUUGGGCUUCUCUUUAAAUUUGCUUUACGUCUGUAACCAAGUCAAAUGAGCGAAAAGCAAAAACGCUGCAAGCUCUUCUUAACUGUGACGGUAAGCUGAUUGACUGACGUAAACCACCGAUGGUCGGGUGAGUUAAUGAGGAGUGAAAAAGAAAAUCGGUAAAAGGAGCUUAAAAAGCUGACAGUGUAAACCUUUAGGUAAGCUGGUCAACUUUAUUGAUGGAGGGGGGUGGUCCACAGAGUGCAACAGCAAAGUAAAAGCGUGACUAAAGUAAACAACAACAUCCACACAGUCCCUUUGAGCAGGAAAGGUGUCUUGUUAGUUAUACCUCAACAGUUAGCGUUCAAACUUAAACUUCUUCAUAACUUAGUACUUUUUAACCCUCUCUCCACCCUCCGCCCUUGUCUCUGUUUUAUCUGUGAAUCUUGGUUAGCUUCCUCUUUUAUGUUGGACUUUGCUGGAGGGGCUGCAGAUCAAGAAGCCGAUCUAAAAGUCUGGCUCUGCCGUCGGCACUACCAUGAAUUCACUUGAGACUGUGGUGAGAACAAGGACUAACUAAAAACCGUUCAGAUCUUUGAAGCCAGUCCUUUGUUCGGAUGUUUUAAUGGACUUCUGACGUCUCUGUGUUUAACUAAACUACUUUGAGGAUCCUUAGCCCCAGCAGCAGUGUGUUAUUUAAUGUUUUAGUCAUGGUUCUGGUCCAUGUAAAUAAAGUCUCACAGGGUUUUCUUUAUGGACUUGUUGUAUUGAGUUCUGUGGGUUUUCAUUUUCACUUUAAAAAGGGUAUUUCAGAGCAACAACAUUUCAAUAUUUUGAACUCAAAAACUUAAAGUUUUGGUUUGUGUUGACUUGUGGCGCCCCCUCUGGACAAUGUAAUACCUCUUAUCUCAUGUCCCGCACAUGUAAACAAACAAAACCCUCAUUUUGUUGUCUUUUAAGAGUGAAAGAAAUCACUAAUAGUGAUUUUAUACUGUCAAAAAAGUCAAAAUAGACACCUACGUUCUAAACUACUUCAUGUCAAUGGAUUCAGUUAGUUUUUGAGGUCUUAAAAAGGCAGCAGAACCUGCUUAAGUCUGUUUCUAGACCAGUUAAAACUCUGUAUAGUGCCUCUAAGACCUCAAACUCAAGAUUUUAACCACUUAAAGUGUCACCAAGAGAAAAUUCCCAACACUGAAAUGCAGAGAAUCAACCAGCAGCCUGUUUAACAUGACCCAAGCUUGUGUCACCUUUAAAAAUGCUAAUAGUCAAACAAAAAAAAGGCUUAAGUUUCAGUAUAGCCAAUCAGAAUCCACCUCUGCCAAGUUAAAAGUACUUAAACAAAAGUAAGGACCUAAAGAUGCCGACAAAACUGAAGUGAUUCAAUGAACAAACUCAAAAGAUGAAACAGAACUUACCAAACAAAGUCCAAACUCUCAAAAUCCAACAGAAUUAAGUCCAACACGGGGAAACACUGAGGAACCAGGGAGGGGAGGAUACAAGGAGAAACACGACAGAGAGGAGCUGAAACCCUGAGACCAAACAGGUGAAAACAAUGAGGGCAUCAAAAAAGGAGGGAAAACCAAGGAAGUAAAACCAGUCUGGACACACAGGGGAGGAGGUUAACAAAAUAAAACAGGAAGUUGAGACAAGAAAGGAAAACUAAACAAACAUACUUCAUGAAGUUGAGGCUGCUCCAAAGUCAAAACUAGACUUCAGAUAAGUGUUGGACUGAAAAUUUGUUCACAGAGACGACAGUCAGUGUCAGAGAAGCAAAAUCGAGACAGACUCUGUGGUGACAAAUGAACUGGAUUAUUGACUUUUCCAAGUAUCUGUGUUUGUCUUGUGUUCAGUCUUUUUAAAGCAGUGAGUGAAUACAGAAUCGACUCUUUUCCAUUGCAAACGAAUCCUUAACCUUUUGUGCUAGUUUAAGGACUGAGUGUUUUCUUCAGUGUCUGAUAUAAGUCCUCUCUAAAGUGUUUACUAUUUUCUUGUUCUUUGCACUUCUAAAUCCCCCGAAGCGCCGAGAACUUUGUUUGUGAGUCCCUCUGUAACUUUGAAGAGAAACCUCCACUGCACUGCGUUUUAAAGCUUCAUAAAUAUGUUCCUCUCAAUCUAUCACUCAUGAAAUUUAUACAUGAGAGGUUGUACACUCGCAAAAACCCUCCCACUGGGAUGGUGCAGGUUUUACUGAAGUACACAGACUCAUAAUCCGGCUCUUAAGGUGAAAAUCUCCUCUUUUUAUGAGCUAAUUGUAUCAAGGUUUUUAAUGAAGACAUGAUAAACUGCAUUAAUUAUUCUCCCUGAGAGGAACAGAGCUCCAGUAUAGAACAUCCAUCUCUGUUCUGUCUAAUAAUACCUCACAGCGUCCUGGCUGACCUCACCUUGACAGCCUCCCUCGAUACAUCGGCCAUCCAUUUAUAGCGGAGGAGCUUUGAAAUGUGUGAGCUUUGGGAACAGACUUCAUCAUUAACAUCAUUAGCAUUUUAAAGCAUGAUGAAGCAAAACAAAAGCAACAGCAGAACAUUUUCCAUGCUGGAUUCUGGUUUUGCCGCGUGUCCUCCACUCUGGGGUCAGACGUCACAAUAACAGCAGCGGGUCGGCAGCUGGAGGCGAUUCGGUGUCUCGCUGGAGGACGCUUUUAGCCUGAGGGGCGCCACAAACGCGACUGCUUUCACACACAUAAUGUACCUGAAGUGUAGCCUCUUUAAAAGCUGCAGCCGCCCACAGUCCACAUGGCUGUACCAAAUAUAAAUCAGUCAGACCAAACCUAAACCGAGCCGGAACAUGAACAGGAGCACCAUCAGCCUGUUUUUUUUAACUUAACAGUGUUUGUAAUGAGGUUUCCAACAUCGAGGCAAAUAUAAAAGGACACAACGGAUGUAACAAGGUGAUUGUGUGUCUUCGUUAAGCGGUCCUCUGACUACUUUUCAUUUAUUGAUCUGAGAGGGAGGAAGAUUUCAGCUUUUAAUUUAGACAGUUUAGACAGUUUUCCACUUUGCUGUAAUUCACCUAAACCAAGAGCAGUCACCGUUGUGUGUUUAUUUUCAGUUUAUUCUUCAUGUCACAGCAUUAACCUUCAUUUUCAACCAUAGACUUUAUACACGAUGGACAAUUUGGCUCCGCCUCCCGUCAUUAUACGAAUUUGAAGCCGAAUUGCUCCCGGGAUUUUCUCCACUUCCUGGAACCACCACUUGCGCAGUAGCAUUGUACGCAUCCAGCAGGAGAGUCACUGUGAUGACGCUCGGCUCAAACAGCGUAUCUUCUUGGUGAACUACGCAACCUUCGUAGGCUCAUAGGCUGUAUCAGGUGUCAAUCAUCGAAAACAUGAACCCCCUAAUAACUUUAAAAAAUUGAGCUGUAGAGGAAAAAGAGGAUUUAAGCACAAACCAGUCUUAGAGUAACUACAUGUCAACAUCACAACCAGGGGGGAAAAACAUGUAUAUUUUGCGUAAUUAGUUUCUAAAGUUUGUCCACAGCUCCAUAGGGAUUGCUGGAGGAGGCGCGAUUUAUGACCUAUACUGCAGCCUGUCACCAGAGGGUGCUGUUCUCACGGUGGCUUCACCCAGAGAGGAGGCAGACGGCGUCCAUUUUAUUUGCAGUCUAUGAUUUCAACUCUUUAUCAUUUCUCCAGGAGAUUUAAUCAUCUGUAAAACAUUUAAAUACAUUUUUUCUUAUACAGAGUCCAGACAGAGUUUUUUUUUUCUUUGUUUUCGUUGAGCACUUUGAGAUUGGUUUUCAAAUGUAAAGUGCGUUACAAAUAAAAUCUAUUGUUAUUAUUAUUAUUACUCAUAAUAAUAUGAUAUAAAAAGGACAAUGAUGACUGAAUUGCACAAAUUGAAUUAAAUUCAGGCCUUACAUGUGAUUGAUUUGAUUGAUUUGUCUUUUCAGAUGAUGUAAAAUGUUUGCUCAUUAACUCUAAUCAGUCCAUUGAAGCUGAAAUGGUUAAUGAUUUAUUCUCUGUAGUAUGACCACUUAACUCCAAUAGUCUCCUAUGGACUAUUACGUAUAAUUACUCCUCCGUACUAAUCUAUAUUUCCAUCCUUAGAUACCCUCUGGAGUCAUUGCCAAUUGUAGCUUCAUUAGUGUUUUUUUAUAACCAUUCGUUCAGUAUUUAACCCAAUAACCUGAGCCUUAACUGUAACCAGAGACGUGCUUGAGAUAGAUGGAAUAAAUUAUAUUAUUAAACCCAGAUUAUUGUGUUUCAGCCGCAGUACAUCUUAGUUAAAUGCACAUUUAAAAUGAAGUAGAAAAAGGUUUUGAUAAGAUGCGAAGAAGCCAUGUGCAGAGAGAGCGGGAUUAGACUAUCAGGAUGUGAGUUCUCUGUUUGACAGAGGUGAGGUGUGUAAAGACUUAUUACUUUUGGCAGGGAAGAUUUCCUGGAUCUGUGCUUGUGACAGCGAGGCUGAACAAGAGCUGCUGUCUGCAAAUAGAACGAAACGAAAGCACCUCUGACAGACUGUAUUUUGUUCAGAUAUGUUCAUUAUGAAGAAUCUGUCGGUAACUAUGACGAGAACCUGAGCUGCUGUGACUCUUUUACAGUAUCGACUGUGAAGACAGCUUUGCUGAUAUUAAUUACUAUAAUCUUCAUAUUUUGACAGGCCGUCUCAGAGAAGAAAUCAGUUUGGUUAAAUCUAGUCUGUUUGCACAUCAUAGAAACAAAACAACAAAGAGCAAUAUGUGCAAAAAUGUUAAGCAAGGGAGGUCUGAAGUCUGAAGUAAGGAUGCAUCCCCUGGACUUAAAGGGAUAUUCCAGUGUAAAUUUAAGAUAUGGUGAAACACACUGUAACACCGAGUUAGACACCCCCCCAAGAGAUGAAUGUUGUUGGCCGAUCGCUUGCUUCACCAAAUUUAGUAACGACCGCACAAUAGCAAUACAUGGCAGUCUAUGUCUCCACGUGCAAACCUCAACCAAAACGCCACUCUAUAGCCACAAAUAAUGCUCAGAACAGCACCUAACUUCAUCAACACGACAUAUAGGGUCCCAGCCAUAGUACUAGCCACCAAACAUCUUUUUAAAUUUGCCUGAUUUCUUUAGCAAAGAGACUAAACACAACUCACCCACUCUCCUCCAGCAGCCGCUUGUUUGUGGGGGAGCCACAAACAAAAAAAUUAGGAUUAUUACUUUAUGGAAAUGCAAGAACUCUGAUUGCAUUUUCCAUCAAGUAAUGAUCAUAAAUGUUCUUCCUUGAGCUGCGAAACUCCGCUGCACUCUGUGAUCGACUCAUCAGGGCUCCCCCACUAACAAGCGGCUGCUGGAGGAGAGUGGGCGCAGUCAGUGUUACGAGAGAAUCAACUUAAAUUUAUGCCGUAAUAUCCCUUUAACAUCAAAAGAAGAUGUUAUGAUGAUGUUAUAUGUUUACAAGACGAAGGGUAUUCCAAAACUUGAAGUAGACUUUUCAAAUGCUUUUUGUAAGAUGACAAUGAAGACGCUGAUUAUAGAGAUGCAGGUCAAUUGUUGCAAAGAGAUGCUCCUCUGUAUUUCAAUGCAAGUUGAUUAAAGGAAGUCAGACAAAACAGCUCCACCUUUGUCUCUGAGUUUGUUCUUCUGAAAUCUGGCAUGGCAAUGAAGCUUUGAAUGGAAAAACUAACAACAGACUAUUAUCUUUGGGUUAUAUAGGGUUUUAGUGGUUUGAAAACUAUCAGAACCAGCUUUACUGACCUUUUUACACAGCCAUCUAACUAGUUGCACACUUGAGCCUGUUAAGGACCCAAAGAGUCAAUCUCUAACAAUCUUUGUGAGCUUUAAAAAAAACAGAUAGAUCCGAUUUUGUCAGACAUGGUUAGUAUAACGUGAAGUGUGGCCUACUUCUGUAAGCUCCACCGUGCCGGGGAAACAUUGAUAUUCUGCACGACUCCUCUCCCUCUGUCAGCCAAGGUCACUGCCACGGAUGAGUCAGCACCCCAAACCCCGCCGUCACACUCUACUUCCCCAUCCUCCCCGGCGACAAUCAACUCUCAGCCUCACUUUCUCUCCACUCUUUCCCAAUUUCACUUCCGCUCAGUUUUUUUUUCCUGUUUUACCUUCUGUGACCUCUCUCUUUCUCUCUCACCUUCCUUCACUCUCACUCCUGUCUCUCUCUCACUCCUCUAUCUCAUGGGGAUUAUAUUUCUUGAUAUUCAGGAAUAAAAGACGGCAGGGAGAGAUCAGUGAGAACCUCCGCGCCACAGAAAAGCUCACUAACUCUGACCUUAAUUCUCAGCUGACUUCUUACACUUUUCUUUCUACUCUUUCGCCAGAGUAGGACUUCAAAGAGCCGCGAUAGAGACAGGGGUCCAGUGAACAUCCAAGGACAUCUAGAAAUACUCGAACAUCAGUCCAGCCUGAAAGAGCGCCAGAGCCUGUGGUGUGACUGAAAGUCAGUCAGGGGUUGAGCUUUUUUUUCCUGCUGCAUUAAAAGUCAGACUUUUCACACCUAAGCGGCUGGAUGGGCCACAGCUAUGGUUCAUAAACUGGAGGUCAAGACAGCUCAGGGUAAAAUGAUAAAGAAAAAAUACAUAAGAUCUGAGCUCGCAUCUGUCCUCUGAAGUUCAGCCUUGCAGCAUGACCUUAGAAUAGAAAAUUGAAAACAGUGCGGUGCAGAAAGGUCACCUUUUUACUCAACUCCUCGCAGAUACGCCUUCUUACCUCUCACAUAAGGUGACAAGUAGGUGUUUAGAAGAAGGGGAGAGCUAAAAAGGUCAAAUUUCUUCUUUUUUUUAUGUCUUAAAUUUCAAAUAGGCACAAAGUACAGCAGAAGUUCUGCACACAGUUACAUUAAGUUCUCACUGCAACAAACAGACUAGUUAGGGACGUUAAACUCAAACCAAAACCAUGAAUUUACAGCAGCAUUCUUAUCGGGAUAUUUAGACAGAACUCUCACACUUUUACAAGACUGUACGGCAUCGACAGCUCGGAGCUGACAGCCUCAUUUGCAUGAAACUUGAGAGCAAUCAGCACUUCUCACAUUAACACACUUUCAUUAAUCAUCCUGUGAACGAGUCGCACUGCCGAGUCUGUUACUUUUUCUUUUUAAAUCAACUCCAAUGGACUCAAACUAAUCGGACUUUCUGAGCUGACACCUGGACAGGACUUACACAGCCUGAAAGGAGCAGACAAAACACAAACAGCUGACGUCUAACUAACUAACUAACUGAUGGCCCGCACUCUCAUAGCUACAGGCUCUAUCAGAUCCCAGCACUGCGACCUCUUGUGCACGUCAUCAUGUUGCAAUAUGGAACAUGCAUGUGUUUACAUAAUUAUGCAGCGUCCCAAGGAGGCAGCCGCUAAUAGCACCAAGAUAUGUGCAUCAUCCACCCCCGUCUUUGAUAUGGAAAACACAUCGACGAAGGUCUGCAGCCCCCUGCAGUUUGCUCUGGAUUUGCAUGACAUGCCUAAAAUGAGCUGUCAGCAUCUCCACGCUCCAGUUCAAGAUGACACUAAGGCAAAGUUCAUUCAGCUCCUGCUGUGAAACUGGAGAAUUGACUAUUUUUGUAGACAGGGUUGCAGAAUCGUACCACCACGACACCAAAAGCGCCUUUCUUAUUGGUCUAAUUGUGUUGUCAUGUCCUGUCCCUAUACAGGCGUCAUGCAUAUAGAAAACAUUGAGCAGUUUUUGAAGUGAAUGCGCAGUGGCAGGCUCAACAUUUAUGACGGAUGAAUCUGGGACACAGAUGGAGUUGCAGUUGGUUGAAUUUGACGGGUAAAUAUAUUUUUGCAUUUGCAGAGACAAAAUCAACAACGCUGAACAAAGAGAGAUUCAUCACCCUCUCAUGACGAUAAGAUGGGGGAGUAAAAGAAGACAUAAAACGCAGAAAGGUGACAAAGCAACAUGAGAGCCGAGGAUGAUGAAGAUGAAGCCUCAUCUUUGAUUAAACGAACAAAAGUAACAUCACAAUAAAAUCUGUAUAUCACAAACAGCACACGUGAGGCAGAGGAUUAAUGUGGCUGCUCUCCAUGACAGCACAGGAGAUGUUUUAUUACUUACUACCUCAUUUUUUACAGGGUUUUACAGAGGUGAAGAGAGGCUGUGAUUGUUCAGCCGCCUUUGAGUGAAUCAGGUCUGCCGUAUUUUAUUACAGACUGUCAUUGUGUUUCCAGACAGGGAGGUGGUGAAUAAGUCAAAACUGGAACUUUAAAUCAGAGUUUGCAGCCAGCUUUGUGACAAGGCUUGAAAAAUAUAUGGAUGCUUGCAGAUUCGGUGCAUUUUUAUUCAUCUCCUCUGCCUGUCAGAGCCGCGUUUAAGGGCCGGCUCGGCUUUGAAGUGGAGUGUUUUUAACUUUCUCUUAUUUCUACUGAGUCUCGAGUGUCACUAAAUGCAUUAAAUAUGAGGGACACCCGGUGUCUUUAAAAUGCAGGAGAUAUAACAAGUGAGUUCAAGGCACAGAUAUGAUCCCUGUUUUGAUUUUGGAAUUUAAAAUUCUCUCUACCAACUCUGUGUAAAGCAGACAGGAGGAAUUUAAAGCCCUGAAACCCGGGGUUUCCACUCUGGUGUCUGAGGACAGCUGGUUCAGGGUGUUGACAGCAUGGCCUGUUUUGAGGUACUUGUACUUAAGAAUCCCUUUGUGAUGCCUUGGUGGAGGGAGGAUGAUCUUUAGCUUGGAUAGCAGCAGCUUUUUUAGUUUCAGUAUAAAAAGUUAUAAGCAAAGUGUGUAUCUGCAGCUUUAGGGCUCGUUUCCACUGACAGUUUUUUGGCGUUUUAAUGAGGGCUGUACACACAGACUUCUCCUUUGGUGACAUGAACUGAAAUACUGAGUUACUAAGACUCAGCUCAGAUGUUUGAGGUUUUCUGAUCUGACUGCAACAAUGCAAACAAUGUACUUUAAUAUUGAGCUUGAGGACACUACCAGCUGAAGUACUGCCGUUAGUGGACACAGACCCCUAACUUUAACUUUAACUUUAACCCUUAUUCCAGCCAGCAGCCCACUGAAUUCAUACAGUUAGGGGAGAAAAACUAGUUUAACCCAAAACUUCAGGAGCUGGUUUUGUAGUGGGGUGGGGGGCACGGGGAAUAAAAACUUUUAAAGAAAGAAAAAGUGCAGAGAGAAAUCUUCAAAUCUAGUUAAGACUAGGCCUUAUAAUAACUGUAAGAGUAAAGUCCUUCGAGAAUUCCCCUAAAAAAAAAAACUGGGAUUGUGCUGUAAUUACCCAAACUAAAUAAGAGGUAGAAAAACCUUCAUGUAGCCGUACUUAGUUUUGAUCUGUUGAAAAAGCGGAUUGUACUUUUUUAUCAAACAGUUUCUAAGUAAGUCAAGAACUCAUUUCGGCCCCUGCUGAAUAGUUGCAUCAGAUCUUUUCUCCCUUUGCACAAAAAGAAAUGGUAUUUCUAAGUUGUAAUGUGUUUAUACAGAGGUAUCUUUUUACCCUUUAUUAUAUAAUGCUUGGCGGCUAACCUGAUUACAUUUUAAAAGACUGUAAGUUUUGUUAUGUAUUAAAACUUUAUCCUCCUUUUCUCUUUUUUUACAACUUUUCUUCGGCACCAUGACUUUUAAUAGUUACAUAAAAACACAGUGAACUUUGGAGCACAAUAUUUCUGCUUAAAGCUCCUGUGAGGAGUUUUUAUCUGGUUACAAAACAGACUUUUAUCAGUACAGACAUCACUCUGGGACCUACAAUAAACCAUUAAAAUAAAGACUGAGUAAGGGGGUAGGUGCCAGUCCAAAGCAGCCUUGGAGUCAGACUUUCUCACAUGGUUAAAUGCGCUCUUAAAUUUUAAGUUACUUUCAUUCAUCACAGGCAGUGUCUUAAGCAGCUGCAUCUUAUUUCACAGUUUUCUAUUCACUUCUGGUCCAAGCAUCGAUAAAAUCCUUUGACAUAAUAAAACAGACAAAAUUCUGAUUGCAGAUAUGUUAAUCCUCCGAAACUGAGCAGCUUGUGCUCGAGGUUUUUCUCAUUUCUUCAUGGACAUUUAGAAAUUGCAGCCCAGUCUAAGUCUAAGUUUUCUUCUGCACCAUCUUUUUUCCCUGCAUGACAUCUCAUGCUGUGAACCCUUUUUUUAUAUUUCACGUAAGCUCAGGCCCAGAGAGGUCGCCAGAGUCUCUACAUUGUGUUUAUAUUUGUGGCCUCUUUGUACGGUACGGUUUUAAACUCCAUUUUGAGCUCAUGUUGUGAUUUACACGAUAGAGCCAUGUCUGUUUUAAGUGCAGAUUAAAAAAAACACACAGCCAUAGUGUUAAAUAUUGAGAGAUUGUUCCCUCAGUGUUGUAUACCUUUGAUGAUAAGCUCAGAAACAUGAAUCUGACACUGUCAAAAAUGCUGAAAACUGCUGCACAGUCCUGCUCUGUAUGUUCACCGCACCAUCUUUGCUCCUGCAUGACCACUCAUGCUGCAAGGGGACUGGCGUGAAUUGCAUUUUCAUAUUUCACAUGCUCAAAAAUGCUGGGAAGCUGCACAAAUCCCAGCCACGGGUGACCGCGUGUAGGCCACUAGGAUCUGGUGUUUGAGUAAUGUUGUCAUUGAAAUCAGAUUUACCCCAUGUGAUCAAUGAGUAUGCCUAAAUUGUGGAAGGAGAGGAUGAGUCGAGGGUGAUUAUAUGUGGUGGGGAGGCGAGAAUCCGCCGAGCGUAUUCGUAGACUGAGGAUCUCCAAAGCCAGGAGGAGGCACAGAGGAUUGAAUCAUCGCUCCUGAUAUUAGCAUCAAGGCAGGAGGCGAAAUGGAAGCUAAAGGCAUAACUGGAGGGUGAGAGGGAAGCAGAGCCUCGGGUCUUAGGGAUCAAUGUGCAUGCAUAAUGCUGAGGAUACAUACCCGAGGAGAAUCUCAGCCAGCUUAGCUCCAUGGGGGUUUUCACGGUGAAUGCCUAUUUCAGAAGGUGACGACAGAAUGUCGGCGAUCUGAAAGAGCUGAAAGCUUUGACACAUGACUUUUCAGAAAGGUUGUUUUUGCAUUUUCACAUCGGCUGUUUACCUCGGCUGAUAAACUUCCAAUUGGAUUCUGGAUUAUGUCCUCUGAAGUUGGCUGUUUUUAAACUUCAGGACUGUGCUCGAGUCCUUACCAUCAAUUUUGUGUUUAUUAAUAAAGAUUUAGCGCUUGAUUUAUUGAGAUAUUUGCACCAGGAUUGCUUUGUUAUUACUCUAAUUUCUUUUUAGUUAGGUAAACUAUUAUGACUCACCACUUUAAGAACUUUCUUGUAGCCUGUAAAACUCUAAUUUUCAUGAUUUUCUUUCCUGACAUCAGUGGGGAAAAAGGCAAUAAGCUUAGAUGCUCUCACUGCUGGGUUUACGACUCUCAUUGGUGCUUCUCAUGUCUAUUUCAGCUGGCAGAUAAUGCCCCAGUGAAAUGCAUAUUGAUGUCAUUUUGGCAGGGAUAGGAUCACUGAUUUCAGAAAACUGCAAAAUAAAGGCCGUGUCAGAGGCCGCUUUUGGCCUUAAUGCGAGAGAUUCUUUCAGCUGCAUGAAUGAUUUGGAGUUUUACAGCAGAGCAAAAGAGAGAGAGAGAGAGAGUUGCAUUAGCAUCUAAAGUCAUGUGGGAAACACCACUUCUGAAAAUGCAAAUCAAGGAUUGAUGGAUUCUCCUGAAUAUAGCCAGGGGUUGAUAGAUUUAGCAGCUCAUUUUCCAUUCAUGCAGGGGAAGAGUUCAAGCUUCUCACUCUGAGGCUAACAAGUGAAGGGUUGUGAUCGUGACGUCUGAACAGCGUAAACCGACAAUCGCUGUUGCUUCUGAUGGUUUCUACCACAUACUUUACUCUCUUACAAGCUGGAUUGCAAAGGAUUCAUGAGAAAUACCCAUGUCUAAAACUGGAUCUGGUUUCAGAUGGGAUGAGAUAGAUAUUAUUGGUAUUGAUUAUCAGUUCAUCUUCACAUUUUUUAUGUAAAUGACCUUCUCAGUGAGAUAGAAAAGCCCCUGGAUGAAAGCUUCCGGUCUCACGGAUCGAGUGGAUUUUACUGUAAAUUGGAGCAUUGUACCAUCACAUCUUUGAAGCGGAUACUCCUGUCUGUUAUGAUUUGACGCCUCGAUUGUGUCCACGCUGACCGCCUCUUUUGAUAAGCUAUGUUAUUGUAUUGCGAGGUAUGUGGAACUGACUCUAAGGCAUCAAUAAGGGAGGUUUUAACAUGGAAUCAGGAACUGGUUCUGGACUUCCAUCCCUAAUCUGGGGGCUGGUUGAUACAAAAGAUGCAGCUAGGGUUCAAGGGGUCCAUAUUCGGAAAGUCACUUUUAUACUUUUUGGGAUCAAAUAAUAUUUCAUGCAAUUUGUUGAAAAUUUAUAUGGGAACAAAAUUAUAUUUCAGCUGGCAAAACUCAUUUCAUUACCACUUCAUCCAGGUCUGUUAUUCUGACUAUAGCAACUUAAUUUUGGCGCAAUUUCAGUCAGACGAACUUGUUCAAAUGUAUUUUUAAAGUCCAGUUUAAGUCGCACCAACUCAGUAUUUUAGUUUUUAAAACAUGUAACAUUACAAACAAAACUAUCCUGUAGACACUUGUAAAUAUAUUUAGUUGUAGCACAACAUCAAGUUGAAUCACAUUUCUUAUCGUUUAUAUGUGCGGACACACGUAAUAGAGUGUGGUAGAUAAUGCUUUUUGCUUUAUCUGAUUUCUUAAAAGUAGAUAAAAUGGUUUUAAAGUACUUCUGGUAUCACCUGCUGAACUAAACUUAGAGGUGAAGUUAUCUGUUCAUAAACUAACCUGUUAAUUGGCUGUGGUGUGCCAGAACUCAAAGGUGUAAGAAGUGACAUCUUCGGUGCGAUUGGAGCGUGUUAAUAGGAAACAUUUUAAUGGAGGUGAAGAUUUUCAGUAUGUGCGAUGAAUAAAAUCGCCGCGUUAAAUAACCCGAUAGAUACAGAGCAGCUCUUUGUUUGAAUGACAUUGGUGAGAACUAACAACAAUGGGUGCAUCACUUCCAUUCUCAUAAAGUAAUACUACUGAAGUGUGUAAGAGGUUCCUCUGCUCUUAACCCAGCAGAGGAAAGAUGCCAGAUUUCAGUAAUUGAAGUAAUUAAUGUCAGCAUACUUGACAUAUCCAAUCAUUUAUAUCCUUUAGUGUCACACCUGCUUUCAUACGUCUUAAAGGCAAUUACAAGGAGCAAUUAUUAAGCUCCACAAACAGUCCAACAAAUCUCUGUCUCGUCUGACUCGGACAUAAUUGCUUCCUGGUUUUUCACCUGUCAGAACAAAGCAGACAGCAGCAGCACAAAACAAGACGCUUACAACUGAACCUUAAAAUAGUUUGUGCGAGAAUCAACCAACAUGACAAUAUGCAAUAAACUGACAUUGAUUUUUGUUUGAAUAAGUCUCAUAUAAAUAACUUUUAAAGGUUAUUUAUUCUACUCAUAUUGAAGGUUUCCUUUCAUGAUAAAAACUAUCGACUAGUUCAGACUUUCACUGUUAAUUUUGCCUCAAAUUAACGAUGCUUGUAAUCGAUAAACUGUUUGCUUAAAAGUGAUGCCGCCUCUUUCUCUUUGGAGCUCCUCUCUUUCUUCUGUCACAUACGAGCUUCUUCUAAUUGGCCUGUGAGUUAAGGAAGUAGAAGUGAAACGUUAACUUCCAGGUUUAAUUAGUGGAUAAAGUUUGAAGGAUGACGGUACAAGACGAUAUUAAUAGAUGGAGCAACACGACUAACAGUGUUUUAAGUUUGGGGUAGGUGAAGCUCUAAAGCUACUUUGAUGGGAUUUUAACUGGUCAUGAAGCAGGCGGAAAUGUUUACCAGGACCUUUUUAUGAGCUGCAAGAGCAAACAAGAUCAUUAGCGCUGGGCUAAUUAUUCUUAUACUGUAGUUUUUAAAGCCUCUAAGCUCUUACGCAGAGUAGGUGUCAGACAAAGUGAGUCACAGCUUUUAGUUUAUACAAGUUUUUCUGUAGAAGUUCUGAGAUCUUUAUGGUCAGAGGUCACCUAAAAAGUGCAAGAAUCGAUCAGCAAUGAGAUAACGCACACUGCUCUGCCAGCAGGGGGCACCGACACUGACUAAGAGCCACAAAGGAGCUUCAAGCUAGUGGCGAUUUGCUCUACAUGACCGCUAAUUAUUAAAAAACCAAAAUAAUGGAGACUUUCUACUUUUUAAGGAACAGCCACAGCUUCCAAUAAGAGGUUGAUAUGAACCGUUAGUAUCAUCAGGACUUUUGUUCGAGAAAAUACAGAAACUUUGUUUGUUUAUAGCAUUUUCCAUUUUUAAAGAUGUAUUUUCUUGUAAUUUGGGUUUAGAAAUAGGACAAAGAAAACAAAGGCGUGUUGUUUUUUUCUGUAUAUUUCAGAGGCUCAUAAUUUGUGGUGCUGCUGUAUUGGGUUAAGCUGGGGUGACCAUUUUCUGAAUCCCCAAAAAGAAGACACUACUACACAGGGCGGAGUUGCGUGUAGUACAUUUUGAGGGUUUUCGGGGUUGGGUCAAGUGUUUUUUACACGCGUCUAACUCAGUUAGUCCACACUACACAAACUGAAAACUUCCGUACAAAACCCCGGACAUUUGAAGGAUUUUAUAAACUCCCCGGACAAAGCUGGACAGCCCCCCCAAAAAAGAGGAUGUUUGGUCACCUUAGUUAAGCUGCAGGUUUCAUAACAUGACUGAUAUUUGUGUCGGUGCCAAUAUUAAACUACGUUAUUCUGUGCAUUGUUAACACUAGCCAGUUACUGUUUCAAACUGGAAUUGUAAGUGUGUUUAUUUAGCUUUCUAGUGGACCGGUUUCUGUGUAAAUGUCGAGUUCAAGAGACCAGGAUGAACAGUGACAACCCCAUUUCAUCCUUCAGUUUAAUUGGAUGGUCUUCCAAAAUUUGACGACCCUCACUUCAGGCAUUCUUGUAAAAUCAUCUUCAUAAAAUGGGGAUGGAAAGACAGCCUCUUAAACCCGGUGCCCUUUUACUUCUCAAACAGGCUCUGAAUGUUUGGAGUUGCAUACGAAUGAACACCUAACGUCCCCGUAUAAGCUCAGUUUCUUCAGCCGUCUCUGCGCUCUAGUGUCAUGUGAAUUACCUCCGUGGUUGAACAGCUUCAGGGAUCAGUAUGUGGACGCACAGUCGCUCACUAAACUGUCACGACCAAUGAGGAAAAGUUAAACCCUGAGGGGGAAUGACUGGCGGGAGGAAGUAGAUCCAAGCGUGUUGGAGGAAUCAAGAGAAGAAAGGCUGUUGUGUGGAUAAUAAGUAACUCUGUAAUGUGAAUAAUAACCAUAAAACAUCAACAAUCUCAUGCAUUCGUAAAUAUCAAACCAGAGCAUUUGUCCUUGAAUGCACUGAGACUUUCAUUUUUACGUUAAAGCAGUCUGCAUCACCACCUUUACGCUCCUUCUCUCGUUUAAUGAGCUGCCUGGUCGCCUAUUUUUGGAUGUUGUCUUUAAUGUAAGCUCACGCAGGGAUCAGACAACCAGACACAGCCUUGGAAAAAACACAAGUGUGGGAUUAUGCCUUCAAAGUACCGUCUGAUACCGUAUUGAUCCACGCUGGAGAGAAAAAAAAACAAUCUCCUUUCCUUUGUCUACAUGUUGGUUGGGGUCAUCCACAGCAGAUCGGGGUUUUAUUACUUUCUUACGGUGAAACUCUCUGAGGAGGAGUCACAUGUGCUCAAGGACAUUUUACUGUCGCCAUGACAGCAGCUGAAUCUCUAAAAUCGAUAUUUGGCGUGUUACUGCGCCGACAUACACCAACAAGAGUCACCUGCUUAUAUGUGGAUUGGCUUUAUUGAUCCACAACUUGGGUGAACAAUUGAUUGUCAUCAUACUCGGAUCAAUUUAUAUCGGUUUAACAACAAUACGGUAUAAAAUGAGUCGAUAAGAGAUGCAUGCUUUAGGAACUUUUGGAAAAGCAUAUUAAAUUGUAAACAGAGGACGCUGAGAUGUCUUAUGUGUCUGGCGUCCUUCCUAACUCAGUAAAUCUCCAAGGUGCCUGGGAAAUAGAGGCUUGGGGUGCACUAUUUCUGUGCUUUAUCACUCGUUUCCAACCAUUAUCUUCGGUAGACAGUCUCACACAGUCUGGCCUUGGCGGCUCACGAGCAGGGACAGGCCGCAUUAUCUCCCUUGAGGUUGGCGCCAAGGACGAAACCAAGUACCCAUCCAUCCGUAUAAACCCAAAGACAGAACGCAGGUCAUCAAAACAUCCAUUUACUUCAUGAUUUCAGAGUUUAACCUUAGAGACCCACUGUGAUGAAAAUCAUGUUUUUCUUGUUGUCUACAUGUUCAUACGGCAUUUUUCUGAUGCUGCAGGACGUAUGAUGAGAAAAAUAAGUGCGAAAUUGCAUUUAUGAGUUUUCUGCAUUCAGAUUUCCUGCAUCACAAAUCCAAGCUCCGCCCCUGAAGCCAAGCUCUGCAGGCCAGACUCUGGGAAAUAGAGAGGAUGAUCGCGGAUCAAGCAUGUCUGUUAGUGGUUUGCAAUGCUCGUAAGAAAGAAAGCUAAUUAUGAUAUUAACUUUCAUCAUGUCUCUAAAGACAUUAGUGUCCGAGAGCUGAAUAGCUGCUAUGUUACCUGCUUCUUUUACAACACUGGCUAGGCUGCAAGCUAACGUGAAGAUGAGUGCGAAGAGCAGCGCUGUCUCCGCCCACGACUCAGAGGUGAAUUGCUAAUGAGCUACAGGAGCUCUGCAGAAGAAAAUUUUAACCACAAUUUGAAGACCACUGAGAACACUUUAAGUGGUACAAAAAUAUGUGCAAAUGAGGUAAAUUUGAGUAAUAAAACCCUUAAACCUGUUUUGUUUCUGUGUAUGCCUCAUUGAACACUACAUUCUGGCCCUUUAUAGCAUCAAUUAAUGAUGUUUUUUGUUAUUUAAAGUUAUUCUACUUCUUAAGACCCUAGAAUCACUCUGUAUUAACUUUUCCUUUAACCCAACAAGGUUUCGGUCAUUUGUUUCAAAGUUAGACAAAAGUUGUUCAAAUGAGAUCGUGCAAGAAAUCAUACCAGAAACCUGUCGUCAAAGCAGAUUUAUUUGGCAAUAAUUUUAUAAUUUUCUGCAGUUUUGAAGCUUUAAUAUCUUUAGAAGGAAGGUUAUGUAGUUCAGCUAUUUUCUAAAAGGAUCUGGGUUUGGUUAAAACCUUCAGGAAAGACUUUGAACGGUACAAAUCUAUCAGGAAUGAAAAGGAUGAACAUAUAAGUCUUAGUCAAGGACAUCUCUGAGGAAACAGAACAUUGGCUGCUUCAGCCGUUGAAUAAAUGUGAUCAGUCUGCGGUCAGCCUGUCACUCCUGCCAAUUUAAAAGCAAUGUUCUGUACUGAACAGCGUUUUCUCGUCUUUAAGCCAAAGUGUUUGUUGGAGCUCUCCAGGGACAACUGUUUUCCAAAAACCAAACCAUUCUCCCUGAUGGAGUCAAUAGUUGUCAAGGACCGGCACAGACAGCUCAGCGUGAAUAGUGACUCAGUGCUGCUUUAACAAAAGACUUUUUUUCAUCAUUUCAAGGUUUGACAUCUAUAAAACUCCGUGUGGGAGUCAGAUUUCCAAAAGCAUCACAAUGCAGCAGUGACUUCUACGUGUACUUUGAGGAGUUAGCGAGAUUUGGACGUGAACUUUGGUCACUUUUGAAAAACACCCACUUUCAUACCUGAGCAGUUUCUCUGACCUCUGAUUUGCCUCCACACAGUGAGAACAGGUUUGUGCUGUGAUGGGUGGUAGUCUGAGUCACCAAGAUUUUGCAAACAAUUCACAUCUCUCAGAAAACAAACCAUCCUCGUAAUUCUGACACAGACGGUCAAGUCUAAUGUCUUUCUGUUUGUUAUGAUUGAAGUCGUAGUUAUUGUCAGCAAACUGCUCAAUUUCAGUCACAUUUUAGUCUUUGUGUCUCAUAUUUUUUAGUCCAGUUGAAGCAAGAGGAACUCCAGAUCAAGUCCUGGAAAAGCCGAAAGAUCAUGACUAACAUUUCUGUCUGUACUCCACAUUUUAUUUUGCCUCUGUGAUAUUCCCACGAGAGACUCAGGACCUCCUUUCUGCCAGGCUCAGGGCAGGAGGCUGAUGAUGAAGGUCUGGUCUGCUGGUUAUGGGCCGUGGGGGGUUGAAGCUGGUCACCAGCUGGGGGACUUCCGUGAACCGGUGACAGAUGGGAGAGCGGGAACACGGAGUCCUUGAGCUAGUCCCCCUGUUUCCUCUCUUCUUCUUCAUCUUUUUAUUCCAGCAGGAUCUCCUUUUUUCUCCCAGUGUACUCGUCUUUUCCUGUCAUCUCUUUGACUCUCUCUUUUUGUCUUCUCGGUCCGUUUUUUCUGGAUUUCUGAUUUUGGUUGCUAAUCCCCCUGCUGUCCUCCUGCCCCUCAUUUCUGUUAUAUCCGUCCUAAAUAUCACUGUUCUGUUUUGACUCACUUUUUUCGACAAAUCCAGUCCUCCUCAUCUCCCUUUCCUCUCUCCAUCUUUCUUCAUGUGCCUCUGGGCUCCACAGAGAACCUGUCUCAUGUGAACUCGCCCGUCCUUCAAACAUGCAACUCAUGCGUGCACAUAGAUAUAAAUGGUAAUCCCUUAUUGAGCUGAAAUACACCUGGAGGACACGCUCGGUCACAGCUCUGACAGCACAGUGACACACUGUCUUUACAUGCAUGAAUGCAAAGUGGAAAUCAGGAUUUAUACAUUUUGUUCUUCAAACUAGAUCAGCCUGCAGAGCUUUAUCUACACCCCCAGCACCAGAGCGACUUCCAGACACGCUCUCUGAAUCUUAAGGCCCUCUUUAUGUACCUCUGCACGGUCUAAUCCACCAUGUGACUGGACCAUUCAUUGCUUUAAAAUGUAGUUUCUUUUAUUUAUUUUUUAUUUCUACACCUCUUCCUCCUCUGAAAAGAGCCCCAAGUCCUCAGCUGACCUCAGAAGUCUUUCAAAGCUGUGAUGAGUUCGGACGGUUACGGUUCUCUCCUCUCUGUGGGUUACAAAUGUCGCUAAGAAGGUUAGCCGUGCUGCAUGUGGCAUUGAAGUGACUGUAAAUAAAGUUUCAGCUGCAUGAUUCAGAGAAGUGCUGCCUCUGUGAGUCUGCUGAGUUUUGGUCUGUCACUCUGCAACUUUGGUCUUGACUGAAAUAUCUCAGCAAAUAAAGCAAAGAUCGGGACGUGUUUUGGUAUCGGCAUUUAUGGCCCAUCCAGGGAAACGGUACAAAAGAUCUGAGUAAAAAGAGAAAAAAACAAAAGACAGAAGCUACAAAGCAGCUGUUUUGUCUUACAUACACAUAAAAAUCUAAAAUCUCUAAAAGAACCAUUCAAGAAACCUCAGAAACACCACCAUCCUUGUAUCUCAGGUUUACAGAAGUUCAACACUGUAACAUCGUUGUAGAUUAUUACCACAAUUUUACAUUAUUUAACUCUAAUAUUUCAUAAUACAUUACUGUAUCAUCACUUUUACAGGCUUUAAAUGUAACACUUUACAUUAAAUUACUGUUUUAUAACUUUACAGGCUUUAACUGAGAUUUUUCAUGAUAUAAUACUGUAAUUUAGAAUUUUACUAUGAAAUCAAUACCGACGGUGAAUUUGAGAGAAAGUAAGAUAAAAUAAGAAGAUUAAUCCCCGAAGAGAAAUUCAAUUGUCUGUUGUCUCACAUAAUACGUCUCUGUUAUCCAUUAGUAGUAGUGCAACUAGUAGACAGUAAUUUACUGUAAAUUUACAGGAAAACAUUACAGUGAUUAAAUGUCUGUAUUUAAGUAUAUAUUGGGAUAAUUGGUCCAAUUUAAACGUCACAACAAUUUGACAGAAAAUGAGUACUUACUGACCUGACUUCAGAUGUUAUUGGACCAAAUGUUAUUUGGUACUUACAGUCACAGUUUCUAGACUGUGAAUCCCAUUGAUUUUGGUUUGGCGUCUUUUUCUUAACCAACGUCAGCUGUUGAUGGUCAUUAAACUACAUGAUCAGGAUAACAGAAAUUAGAGAAAGCUACCAGAAAAUUGAAGACACUGACCUGGUCCAGAGAGGCAACAGGACUUGUAGAUGUUUUAGCUCUUCUUCAGUGAGAACUUUAAACAAGUCCAGUUUCUCUUUUUAAUUAAGCUUUGGGUAACAACAACUUCAACAAUUAAGGACCUUCAAAGACACCACGAAAUGAAGAAAACAGAGCAGCAAUUAGCCAAAAAAAAGUGUACCUAUUAGCAAACUGAAGUGAUUACAGCUGAAAAGAAGCUUCUCUAAAACACACAUGAACUACCGCUAUCACUGUGGGACGGAACCUAAAAAAAACUCAGUGAAGUCCACAAAGACCCAAAGACGGUCUUUUCCCGUGAAGAUAAUGAGAUUAAAAAUAUCCCGCUGCAGAACUUAUAAAUCACUAAAACCUGGAUUUGUAUUUACCACUCGAUCUAAUCACCGUGUUGCGUCUUUGUACGGCUCUCCAGAGUUUGACUCAAUGACUGAUAUGUUGUUCUCUUUAAUUAAGCACUUUAGACCACGUUUCAGGGGUUUUUAACUGUACCUCAGACUCUCAGCCCUUCCUCUGGAGUCUCCUCGUCUUGCUCACAGCUCCCUGACUCCACAGCUGGCAGAGCUCGACGACACCGCGGCUUUUGGGAACAACAACUGUCUCUCUCGACUACACGGCAACUUUGUUACAAUCAGACGAGCUAAUUAGUCCCGAGCAUGGAGAUUAGUCAUGUGGAGGUUUGGGGGACGCACUGAGACGUGAUAAAGAGGCAUCAGAUGCAACAGUAGACCACAGAUAAGACAUUUAUCAGCAUGACUUUUAACAUGGGAACAAAAACCAAUCUGUUAAACUUUAUGAAUCGAGCUCAGCUUGCACGGAGGAAUGAGGACAGGAUAUUUUAGGCAGAGUCAGAUUUUAGGUUUGAUUUCUGCAAAGGACCUCUCAAAAUGAAGAAUUAAAUUUUACAGGCUCUGCUCGCAUUUCUGUAUUGGUGCUAAUGGGAAUGUGAGAACCAUUUAUUAUGGCUAGAAAGUGGGUGGACAGACCCUAAAAAAGUUUGGGCUUAAACAAGAUAAAAUGUGUGUCGUACACACAGUCAGGAGACUCCAAAGUUUAACAAGUUUCCCUGUGAGCUCGGGCCAAAGAGGAGUUUCUUCUCCCUGAAGUGAUGAGGAGUAUUCUCUGCAGACGUCUGCGCAGCGUCUGUGAAGAUCACAGUGAACACCAGUUUGGGAAAUCUCCUCCGGCUCGGGGCGACACAGUCAGAGAGAAAAGUUUGUAAUCCUGUUCAGCGGUUCAGUUUGGCCCGGGGUGAACCGCAGGGAGUCAACAAGAAUCCUUAGCACGCGCUCACGCGAGGGUGUCUGCGAGAGAGGAACUCCGAAAAGCACAUUGAUUCGUGUGUGAUGAAUAAUUGAAGCCCAAUGUUUCUAUGUGGAUGUCAGGUUUCAGCUGCAGAACUAAAAAACCACAAACAGCUUUAGAACAAUGUCAGUGGACUACCAAUUGGCAGAUUCCUUAUGUGUGUAAGCGAAUACGACUGAUCUGGGUGAACGCACAGACAAAGGUUUUAAUUUGAGUCUCAUUGAAGAGCUCUGCGUGCAAACAGCAGACUGUCAAUCUUUGUGAAGCUCUACCCUGAUGAUUGGCGACUUGUCAUUUCCAGUAUCUAGAUUCACGAGUGGCUUCGUUUUCAGACUCUCAAAGAAAGUUGCAAAAUUUCUCACCGAACCAGGCUCGCAGUAUUUUGUGGGAAGUGCAGGCAUACUGUACUGUCCACACGGUCUGGACUUUCAGUUACAUCAUUUACAUUUGGUUCAGUCUGUUUAAGUUUCACACUCUCAUUAUUGCAAACGGACUAACAGACUUUACAUGACGAACCUAUGUGAUAUCAUCAUCAAGUAUAUGCUUUGCGUGUCUGUGUAGUUUACAUUGAUUGGUCAUUAGGCCGGCGGGCAUCUGACGUCAGCACGUUGGUCUUGAAUGUUGUAAACAUGGAUGAGAUCGUCACUCCUACCUAUCAUUCCCACCAUCAUACUAGUUUUGAUUUUCUACCUCCAACAGCAACAACUUGAAGAGCUGUUCAUGAGGCUGGUCUGAGUCUAGUCUUUAUCGACAUCCACAGGAAAGGAAAAGAAAGUAUGAAAUCCUGUGAAUCAUUGCAACACCGGCUCAGAGGAAAAGUCUGUGUUGUAAAACUCUUGAGAAGAUAAGCUGUCAAUAGUGAGAGGUAACUUUAUCUACAAUAUUAUAAAAUUUCUUGUUAUUGGACAGUCUCCAUUCAAAAUAAUAACGGAUACUUCAUUUCCUGUCUUAGGUAUGAAGGUCUGAACCUUUUAAAAUAAUGCUUUCACUGGGCAUGAACCAGACCGUGGUUCAGUUUGGUCAAGACCAAAGUCCCGGGGAGGUUUCACACCUAUCACUUUGGUUCGGACUAAACAGAAAAGUCCAAAAGUCCGGACCAAUUGACGUAGGUGUGAAAGCCAAAGAUAUUAGUACUUCUGAGGGUCUGUUUCUCUCAGCCUCACUGUGUUUUUUAGAGGAAAUUUUAUUCUGUACUUUGAAAAUGUCUUAGUUUACUGAGGACAUGGAGUGUGGCAUAAAAAAUGAUCAGUCAAGAUUAACAGUUUGGUUAUUUUUCUACAUAAAGUCACUUUUGAAGUAUCUUCAUUAAACCGAAAAACCUCCAGACCUCUGACUCUUCAUGCAUUUCAUAUGACUGCAUCCUCUGCACAUGUAAAUCUGCAUGAAAAAGCCCAGAGACAACGGCUGUAACGCGCUCUUAUCACGCCAACAUGUCGUGUCUUUAGCACACCCAGGAGUUCAAACCAGAAACAUCAACAUGUCUGUUUAUUAAUUAGCAGCUUCUCUGCUUCGUGUAUCUCAGGACUGGGGCUUGUCCUGGCCUGGUCUGUCAACACGGCAAGUUCGGACUGCAGCCAAGGACCUCAAGGUCACUUCUGUCUCAUCAAUUUCACAGCUGAAGCAGAUGGCGGUGUCUUUGAGUCGAUUCUCCGGAGAUCCUGCGUGCCUCGGCGCAGCACAGAGCCGAAUGCAGACAAACAGAGGUGCGAAUAUCCACCGGUGAGAGCAAGUACGCUGCAGUCAGGGCAGAGAGAGAGCCAGGCGUGGUCCAGGAGGUCCAGAUCUCAUUAAUUUCUCUCCUGUGAGGUGGAAGUGGAAGAGAGAGCGCAGUCGUGGUGGGUUCAGGGUUCGCUGGGUGGCUGUUGGAGCUCAGGCUUGUUACCGGCCUGUGAGCUCUCACUUCAGACGUAUUAGCUCCUCUCUCCAGUUCAGAGUACAGCAUGACAGGAGAAACACAAAAGAUAUAUCCAAGACAGGAUUGUACAACUUCAUAGUUCCAACUCUGGCCUCUUAAGUUAUGGUUACCUGCUUUUUUUGUGCAUCUAUCUAAACAACUUCAUUCAACAUGUCCUAACAAUGAGACUGAAGCAUCAAUUGUCACAGAAAAUGAAAUAAUAGAGUCUGUCUUUCCUUGGGAGACUCGCAUCAGCUCUUUUCUAAAUGUGUUUUUGUGCGUCUCGCUGCGUCUGACAUGCGGGUAUCACUUUUAUGAAAACACUUCUUAAAAAAGCGGCGAAGAGCAGGGACCAACAAAACAAAAUGUUUACUCUGAAGGGCUAUCCAUCUCCCUCUGUCAGAGUUGUUUAGCUGGUACAAAAGAGUGAGAGGCAGAAAACGGCUUCAUCUUAGCUCUGACAGCUUCAGCAUUGUUGAAGGUGUGAAGCACCAGCAGCAGCUGCGGCACCUUUAUCAUGAGAGGGUUUUUUUUACAAUGGCGUUCAUUUUUACCUCUGCAGCAUCUGCAGGUGGGUGAUACCAGAUCUGAUCAAAUCGGGACACAGAUUAUAUCCUCUCUCUUUUUUGGGUUACAGUCCUUCUAUUAUAUAAAGCGUGGGCCUGUCUGUGUGGUCUGUCUUAACCAACGUUACACUCACAUGGAAACACAAUAAACACCAAAUUGUGACCAUGAUGCAUUUAGUCCCUUUUUAGCGUAUCUACGAGUGCAGACAGGAGGCGAUACCAGCUGCAGAACGGGGAUCCUGUAUCUGUUUUUAUGGCCUUUACAAUACCACAUUGAGCCUCUUGUUCCCGGGUCUCGGCCCAGAAUCCAAGCGCGCAUUUCGCCUGAGGAUGGACCAUCUUAUUGGAGAUAGAAAACGCCAAAGUGAGCCACACAAAGGCAGUAAAGAGGAACUGCUAAUAAUUCAUCACAGCGUCUUUUAUCUCCUGCUCUGGUCUGUGUUGGAUUCAUUUGUCUUUGGUUCAGUCAAAGGCGGAUUAUACUGCUCUUCCUUUGUGUGUCAGGACGGGGAAUCACGCCGAUAUAAUCUGCUCUGUGGUCAGAUCAAAUGCUUGGACACGGCUGAGAUCUCUUUCUUUCAAAUUUCUGUGAAUUACAGAAAGAUUUACGUUUCUCUUUCUUUCCUAUCAACAGGGGCCACCAAAGACAUGGGCAAGAUGCUCGGUGGGGAGGAGGAGAAAGAUCCCGAUGCUCAGAAAAAAGAGGAAGAAAGGCAAGAGGCUCUGAGGCAACAGGAGGAGGAGAGGAAGGCCAAAUAUGCAAAAAUGGAGGCAGAGAGAGAAAACAUCCGACAGGGCAUCAGGGAUAAGGUAAGAAAACACAAAAACCUGAACACAGCUGACACAUGAGAGGCUCUUUUCUAAAAGGUUACAUCAUACACACUCUUUGACGGGGUAAGAUGGUGGAAACAGAUGACAGAGUACGUUUUUACCACAGAGACUUUCAGCCGAGGGAAGAGAACAGAUUCAGGCCAGGUCAAAGUUGUUCUCCGAGAAAAACACAAUCAACAUUUAACACGUCUUUUUUUGUAGACUGAAGUGACUGAAGACGACAUACAACUUUUAUUCUAUCACAGAACCAACAACCUUAUUAUUUAACAACUAGGACCAUCUGCUACAGCAGCAUCUACACACAACUAGUCUGUACUUGGCUCAUGAUUUGAAGGGGGGGUGUAAGAGCGUCAGUAUACUCUGGAGUGAACUCUCUCCUGGGAGUCUCUGAACUGAAAAACAAACAGGCAGGUUCACUCCAAACACUGACUGUCUGCAGAGAUGUGAAAAUAAACAGGACAGAAAGCAGGGUGACGAGUUUUUAAGAAGUUUUGAUGGUCUUACACUUGGACUGAUGCCUCCUUAUGAUCGACAGCAGAAGGUAGACUGGUUAUUUCUUCUUCUGAGCUUGGGUCGGAUUUUUCGUGAAAAGCCUGAGUCAUGGUUCGAGACUCUUCCUGAAUGUUUAGCACUCAGCUGGUAAAGUUUAGAUGUGAGAAGUCAGUCAGCGAAAAAGAGGAGGUUUUUGUUUCCAAAGAGGAUACUGGAGAAGGAUUAUUCCGUUCAUUUGCUCCCAUAACAAAAAGAGCCACGUCUUCACAACUUGAUAAUCUUCACAGCUGAUUUCAUCUAAAGAGGUCACCAGAAUCAACCAAAUGUGAAUAUUCCUCAGCUCUACUACACCUUUGCCAUUUUCCCCACAUCUACGUUUGAUCACCUGUUUUGGUUUACCUGUUGGAGAAACCACAAUGAUGUACUUUGUAAGACCAGAUGUAGUAUCUGUGGGAAGAUAAAACCUGAAAUGUUGCCUGGAAAAUAUAUAUGAAAUAAAAUAUCCCAAAUCCAAAUCAAACCAGAUGGAGGAUCACUUUUGUCGAGGUACCAUGCAGAUUAAAUUAAUGUUUGUACUGAUCUUCUCUUCAAAAAUCCCAAAACAACAGACACAUUUUAAGUCUACUUUUAUAAACGGACUACAACAUCAGAAAAAGUAGCUUUAACUGAGGUCAGUCUUUACUCUUUUACAUGCUGCUGUCAAAGGAAUUUUUGGUGUACUCGCCCUUUAGUCCAGCCUUUGAUACCUUCAAUUAACAUUUUAUCACAGAUUAAUCAGACCUCAGGAAUGAACUCAUCAAACUUUGCAGCUCGUCUACGACUUUUCCCCAUGUGGCCCAGAGUUUGAGGAUCAGCUCCACACCCCGCCGAGUCCCCACGGUUCUUGAGUUUGUCUUUGGAAUAAUCGUGACAGAAAAAGAGAGGAGGGCGACAGAGCGAAAUGACAGCGUAUCUGCGGAAAGUGUUCGAUUAGAGCGAGUGGAGCAGGACUGACUAAGCGUGACUGUCUCACUUCCAGUGACGCAGGUCUUUGUCACUGUGGAACACGUCUGAGAGGAAAAGGGAGCGAGAGAGACUGGAUUUGACAGAUUGCAAGAGAAAGAAUCACGGCAGCAUGGGGAGAAAACACGAAACAAACAAGGGAGCAGGAGGAGAAACAAAGAGGAAAUCCGUCAAACAAUCACAGAAAAGGUUUUGUUGCCAUAAAGUCAGGAGGAAACCGCUUAGGUGUUGAGCUAAACCUUAACUAGAGCAUCAUGGCUAAUAAGGCUGAUAUACUCUGACUAUCUUUGAUCCGUCUGUGUGCCUCAAGUUUGCAGCAACAUUUGUUUGAUUUAAUGCCAGAGGAUUAAUUACCACAUCAUGUUGUCGUCUCAAUCAACACCCCCUUUAAGAAGCAUCUGUCAUGCAUUAGGAACAUGUUUGGACUCGGAGAGACGUUCAACAAACUCAAUUAAAAACUGGUCUUAAAACUUAACACAUAUACAUAAUUUAAUACAAAAAAAGGCAAAAGUUUGACACACAAAGCCAGAAUCCUUCCUUAUACAUAUACCUGCCAAACAAACUGGAGUAACGGUGUCAAAACAGGAAUUAGAAGAUUUACUGUUGGUCUACUUUUGAACCUUUUUACUCCCUCAGCUUCCCUAGAGAUUCCCCUCCACUGCCCUUUCCACUCCAUCGCAGUGGAAACAGAGACUCCGGGUUGUCCUUUGAGAAAUUUAUUGCUCCAGAAUCACAUGAGCGUGAGGCUUGGAGGGCAGCAAAGAGGUCACGGAGGAGUUCAGCUCAUUUUCUGUCUCUCUCUCUCGCUCCUACAGAGUGAACCAUCACUCAGCCUGUUAACCUCUCUCUGACCUGUGACCUUUCUCCCUGUUCUCCGGCUGCAUACAGUAGAUUUUCUCUGCACAAACUCAACUGUAGGCGGGAAAGAAAGAAGUUAGCUAAAAUUACCACCAUCAAUAUCUCUUCAAAUUCUUCAAAUCUUCAAGCUUCAUUAGGAUAAAAAAGUGUCUAAAAAACAAGCAGCAAACCCCAGUCUUGGGCAGUGAAGCUAACAUGGAAGUGAAGCAAACUGCAGUUCCUUGAGUGUCCACUUGGGGCUGGCUGCAGGACCACAGGAAGCCACACACACUCAUUCUGUGAGACAGAUCAGGAUCUUUACAGUAAAAGUAAUUAUGUAAACAAGGAUUCUGGCCCGGUCAGUUUAUAAAGGGUGACUUUAAAGAUGUGAAACAUGUUUUUCUUGUUGUCUACAUGUUCAUUUGGCAUUUUACUGAAGUAAGUGAGAAUUUGCUUUUCUGAGUAUUUCUGCAUUAGUGAGAUUUCAUACGUCACAAAUCCAAGCUCCGCCCCCAGAGCCCCGCUAUGCAGGCCAGACUCAGAAAAGUAGAGAGGAUGAUCGUGGAACAAGCCUGUGUGUUAGCGGAUUGCAAUUUUUUGUCAGAAAGCUAAUUCUGAUAUUAACUUUCAUCAUGUCCCCGUUUUUUUUUUUUAACAAGAUAUAACAGAUUUAAGUUUUUGCAGCAUAGGUCAGAGUCCUAGCAAGUGCAUCUGCUUAUCGGUUGUGCCCUUAACAAUGGAAAACAUAUUACCUUAAUAACAAUAACACACUUUCAUUCUGGAAAUAAGACAAAACCACUGAUAAGACUUGAGUAUUUUGCGGUGUAACCCCCCCUCUCUGCCUCACGCUUGGCUGACUGAAAGAGAGGUGAGUCAGAAUUUCCCAACUGGCAAACGCCAUUAUCGGUCGUUAGAAAUCUGUUUCAGAAACUAGUGGAUGGCUUUCCUACAACACUUUUAAUUGAACAAAAGUCGGUUCAUCCAAAGGUUUUGUAAGCUAAUAGUCACCAGCUGUGAUCCUCCUUCUGUAAUUGGUUCAAACAUUAGACCAAGAAGCUAUAAAACUCACACAUCCUCCCAAACUCGAGAGACCAAGAACCAAACUUCCUCUCAGAUCCAGCUCACUUUUAAUUUCAGAAAAUGUCUUUAACUGCUUUGCCCGGCACCUAAAAAAAAUUACAACGCAGCGAGCGUUGACUUCAUUAAGGAGCAUCCUGAAGCUAAUUCAUGCAAAUGAAGGAAAGGGAAUUACUUUGCGAGAGGCGUAAUCAUUUGAAGUCAAUUUUCUUCUAUUGCAUGAAAUGAUCAUGUCACGGCUCAUGUGCCGGGACUUUAAGGAGGAGAAAUUGUAAACAUUUGAAGUCAGUCUGAAUAUUCACAGAGAGCAGAGCAAAGAGAGAGAGAGAGAGAGAGAGAGAGAGAGAGAGAGAGAGAGAGAGAGAGAGAGAGAGAGAGAGAGAGAGAGAGAGAGAGAGAGAGAGAGAGAGAGAGAGAGAGAGAGAGAGAGAGAGAGAGAGCGCAUCAGGCUGUUAUUUACCUCUGAGGAGAGGGAAUAAGCUGUUCCUGGUGUACUAUAAUACAUCAAAUUAAGUAUUGACAAGGACACCAGAACAGAGAGACUUACUCUGCCCCCCCUCCAUGUUCUUCAUGAGUCAUUAUUUAGACUGGUUGUGGUUACACAAACCAGUCUGCCUGCCUGUCAGAGGAGCUGCACAGACGAGAUAAAAACUGUUGGCUGCAUCUCCUGCAAGGACAUUAUCUUCUUUGCUCACCUUCUGACCUCCAACUAACUCCUUCAAAAUAAGAGUUUGUCACUAAACAAUCACAUAAAGUCACUCAGGGCCACAGCAGCUUGUCAUUCCCCUGACAGACUCCACACACCUGCCUGGUCAUGUUUCCUGCGAAAAAAGGUUUGUUGAUUGUUUUGGUACAUUACGUAGAAGGUCAGCUGGAGUCAGCCGAUGGAGGACAUGCUUUUGCCAAUAAUUCGAUUCUUAUCCGACUCAAACAUGGCAUCACAUCAAAAUGACUCUUGUCCACUUGAGUUCAUCUCCAUGCCUGUUGUCCUCUCUCUCCUCUCUGUGCAGUACGGCAUCAAAAAGAAGGAGGAGAAGGAAGCCGAGGCAGCGGCUGCUAUGGAGCAGGCCUCCGAGGGCAGCCUCACCCGUCCCAAGAAGGCCGUUCCAACCGGCUGCGGCGACGAGGAGGAAGAGGAGAGCAUCGUGGACACGGUCAUGAAGUUCAUCCCUGCCCCGCUCAUGGAUAUGUUCAAUAAAAAGUAACAGUGUUUUGGGUUAAAUGUGAUAAACUUCUUUCAACUCUCAUCCAACUACGACUAAUGCUGUACCACCCUGCCCCCAACCAAACCUGCAGUCACACUUUUCUUCGCCCCCAACCCUCACCUUACCAACCCGACUUAAAGUGUCCUGGACUUGAGCAGCGUGCUCUGACUUUGCCCUUGAUUGAAAAAACACCUGAUCCCAUGAGGUGAUACAUACUUUAAAAUUUGCAUUAAAGAUUGAGAAAACCUACAAUUUUAAUGUAAAAGUAUAUACCACCUGCACAGAUCUGGUUUCUUUACACAAAGGCAAAUCAAACGCAGCGCUUUCCAGGCCAGAAAUCACCCAUCAUCCACCCUUUUUGUUUGUAAAUAGCCUCGGGUUAUAAAAAAGAGAAUUAUAUAGAAGUGAAAUGUGACAUAUAACGAGAAGAGUAUAAGCCAUAUUUUUAACUUUUGAGAAAUUAUCCAAAUCAUAUCAAAAUUUAAUUCAAUUUUCCUGUUAUGUUCUUGCUAAUAUUUGAUACAUACAGUGUAUAUAAAUACUUUGACAUUUUUAUCAGUUCUCCGUUGUGAGGAUCCACCCCAUUGACUGUCUCUUAUGUUUUUAUGGGUUUCUUUGUGAGUGUGUAAAAUGAGCGCUGGUAGAGUCAAAAACAACACCUGUAAACCAGAAAGUGAAGGAAUUUAUUUGAAGUGAUUAUUUUUCUUUGAUUUUUUAAGCAUGCAGUAAACUUUUGUGAAGUGGAGUACACACAUGGAGAUCAUUUCAUUUGUUACGAUGAAGCAAAAUACACUGAUAUUUGAGGCAAUAACUGGUUUUUCCAUUUUUAUUUAACUCACACCUUGUCCACCGUGUACAGUAGGUGUCUAAAACGUUCUUCCAUCGGGGAAACUUUAAACGUUCUCCGUAAAUGAAGUUUGUCUCUAAAAAGUUGGAUAAAAAUUCUUACGAUAAAUUCACUCACUUUCCUCGUUCGUGGGUCGAGCUUUCAGUUUUUACGUCCUGUGGCGGGUGUCGCUUGCUCUGCUUUGGCAGUACGACUUCUAAAUUUUUAGACCAGGCUAGAAAAUGUUGAUUAUUUUUUAUUUUUUUGUUCAUUUCCAUCACCUUUUUGUAAGAAAAAGAAAUUCACAAACACAACUUUGUUGUGAACACAUUAUAUGUGAACAGACAGUGACAAUAGUGCAAUAUAUUGUUCGAAAAAUGAAGUUGUCUUGUGUCCGUUGGUUUAACUGAUGGGAGUGAAGUCCCAAAUCAGCAAUAACAGACAAUCUUCAUUGUUAUAUGUUUAAUCUUACUCCUUAUUGUGUUAGUGGGUGUAAAAGGCACAGGUGUGUCUGCAUAGUGACAGUGACGCCUUUGUGAAGGUCCGAAAUAUUUGAUUAAAAAAGAGAAAAGGGGGAAGGUGGGACGACUUGUUUCGUGUCUUCUACACUAAAUGUUCAGUCACGUGUUACAGAAUGAUGAGCACAACCAGGAUUUGUGUUCAGAAUCAUAAAAGGUUUGUCAAAGGCAGGAUUCAUAAAACACAAUGAAGAUUAAUAAUGGGGGGAUUUUAUAAGAAGCGCUCAGCUCAAGCUCCAUGACCGAUCCACGGAAAAUGUUUACCUGUCCUGGUGGUACGUGUUAUCGCACAAUUUCGAGGAGACUCAAACUAAGAGGACAAAAUCAAAUCCUUCUCCAUAUGCCUUGUUUUUUAUUUCCUCGUCAUUCCACAGUGUCUUGUUCAAACAUUCCAGAAGUUUCCGACAUUCCAACAGACUCGUGCUGGUGACACACACACACACGUUACAGUAGGCUUCAGCCGAUGCCUUUGUUAGCCUGUAAGUUUAUCACAGUGAAGAACUUAAUUUUGACGCAGUUACUUAGAUAAAAACAGUGAAAAUGAUGUUUAGAGGAUCAAAUGAUUCCCGGUUUGACCAAGUGCGACCUUAAUUCCAAGAAGUUUGAAUAAACUGUUGAUUAAAAACAGAAUUUGAUGGUCUGAAAAUCACUGAGGACACCGCAUCCAAAAAGAGUGUCAAAAUCUAUAUUACAGUUUCUUUAUUGCACGGUACAGUUGAAAGCUGCAGACGAGGAUGCAUCGACAAACUGUUCACAGACAGCGUUUUUGGAUGUGAUUUGGGGCCCAUGCGGGGAUUUCCACUACAGUGUCAUGUCUGUUUUUAACGCAGUACCACUUUAGAUUUCGGCCUUGUCCCUUCUGUCCAGAGAAAUCCUGUAAAACAAUCAAUGUAAUAUUAAUGAUCAAAUCCCUAAAAUUUGCUUCUGAGAUGCUAUGCUGUCUUGACUUUAUUUUCGGUUAAAUAUGGUGUUUAAAUGAUUCGCAAACCAUCAAAUCUGUUUUUAAUGUGAUUUAAGACAGGGUCUCAUUUUUUAAUGCAAAGUUACUUGAGCUGCCAUGCACAGAAAAUAUCACACAUAAGGUCAAAGGGGAAGCAUAAAUGCGUUUGUUGCAGACAUAAGAUAGAUCUUGUGGUAAUUUUUUGCUUGGCACUGUUUUGGUGAUUCACAUGUGGACAGUAGCUGUAGGCGUAAAAACAGUUUUUAAAGCUUCUUUUCCACAUUGUUUCUAUUAAGCUAGCUGGAACUGAAAUUACUCUGAUCCUAAACUCGUGCAUUCCUGUGGCGUAGACGAUGUAAAUUUAGUCUUUACAAGCGCUUUGUGAGCUCUGUAAUCGAAAAACAUCCACGCCACCUAGAGAGCACAUUUAUUGAACUCCCUGUGAUGUUAUUGUACUCGUAAAACUGCCUUUGCCAGCCUCUGUGUUAGCAGAUAGUUAGCAGCCGAUAGUUGUUUACAUGCAUCAAAACCACUUCAACCCAUUUUCAGAGCAGUUAUCCGAUCAAACCAAAGAAUAGAACAGGUAGUAGUAGGUUUAGACAUGAUUUUCCAUUCGGCAUAUCUGAUUUAUUUUGAAAUUCUCAGGUAUUUUAGCUUUACGUUUUAUUCAAACCAUUACUAGCCUUGUAUUUAGCAUGAUUAGCCUUCUCUGCGAAGAAACUAUUACUUUCCCGCGGGCCUCGCAAGCCUUCACUGAACUUUACUUUUGAACGACAUCUCUUGUUUGGCCCGAGAAUAUUCCAGAAGCUACAAUUACUGCCCAGUCGACACACAUGUUCAACAUUCCCAGCAACUUAGCUUGCUAGCACCAUCGAGCAGACCUCCAGGCUACCGGUGACCCUUUGCAAACUGGUUCGCCUUGAAACCUCACCGCCCUUUCCAUCUCGUCCAUCAACGCCAUCAUGAAUCCAUCCAUCCAUCAUCUUGUAAAUGCCAAUUGAUUGCGCCCUAAAUGGCUUAUAUAGACCACUGCCCAAACAAACUGCCCAAGUCAUGCGUAAUCAAUAUUUAGCAGUCCAGUAGACUCCAGAUGGAAGUCGCUCAGUGUGCCGCUCAUACAGCCAUUAGUAUGAUUAAGAAACUGCCUGAAAAAUACACCAUUUAAAAAAAUACUCCUUCGAUGUGACUUGAAUGUAACUGUCUGAUGUUUCUCUCUUUGCAUCUGUCUUUCUCUGUUUUGUACGUGUUGAGAAGAUGCUUAAUCUCGUGAGGUAUUUUGUUUCUUUAUUGUCCGUAGCCAGUCCUGUUUCUGUCUUCUGGUGGUUGGUAUUUUGAGAAAAAAAGAAGUUAUUUAUUUGGUGAAUUCUUUUUGUACUGCGAAAUCUUCUCACCCUUCUCCCUCCUUCUCUCUCUCUAUCUCCCUGUUUGUUGACAAAAUGUAUGCAUGCUUAUGGUGUGCGAUGUAGGCAAGGUUGUUGAUAAAAUCGUUACGUGUCCUCUGUGUGUUUCGAAGCUCCACCUGUUAGCCUCACUGCAUGCCGUUUUAGACAGAUGUUUCAGUCUGUAACUUUCCUGCAAAAAUGGAAUCACCGCACACUCUGAGAAUAAAGUGAUUUCAUAUAAUUUUUCAUCGUCUUGUGUUUCUGCAUUUGAACAGCGCUGCAGCCGACCUUUGGCUGCUGCCUCUUUUCAAUAAAACAAACAAAUAUGCGGGAGCAGUGGGAGUAACAUUCGGUUAAUCUAUGGUUUAAAACCUGAGAGUAAAGCCUGGUUUAUUCUUCUGCGUUGACUCUACGCUGUAGCUACGCCAACGUGGCCGAAAACAUCGCCAGUUUCUGAUUCUGCUGUGCUCUCUUCUUGCUUGGUGCGAGAGUUUAUGUUGGAGUCGAAGUUGAUAAAAGUUCAGGAGUAGCAGCUGAUCAUACUUUAGUUACACGUUAGGUAUUGCUGCAGACUUGGAGCCUCCUGUUUUAUCCCUGGGUGUUUCACAAAUUCACGAGUAUGUUUAUUGCCAUCCAUCUGGGAAAGCUAAAUCUUACUUUCCCUGUAUAUUUAAGUAAUUUACUCUCUUGCAUGAUUCCCUUUGAAUAAGUACCAAUCCAAUCACAGUCCUUUACUUAAAGACGAAGACCUACAAAUGUAUUCUUAAACAACCAAGAUGGCAACUUCCGCCACUCGAAGGUCUGUGAAAUCCCCUGUUUUGAAUAAAAAUGGUGAUGUGUUUUCAUCAAAAAGAAAAUGAACAACUGCAGAUAAGCACUCAUUGAUAAGAAACUUGUGGUGGAAAAUGGAAUUAAUUAAACCAUUUUAGGUCCAGUCAUCAAGGUUUUUGGUUUAACAAAUCCAAGUUAAUGUUACCGUGUGACUGCCAAAGUACGAAAAAGACCAGAUGCAAGCUUUUAUUUUGAAAAGUAGACGUUGAGGGGGCGUGGCUUUAGACAGCAUGCGAAAGGAAGCUCCAAGCUGCAACCAUGGAGUCUUAAAACUUACUGAAGGUCUGAAGGUCACUAGUUCAACACGACUCAGUAGACCACUCCCUGGUUUCAAGUUUAAAUAGUUUUACAUGCAGUUACAUUUUGAGGAGGUGCACAUCAGGCUUCAUAUGUCGGUUUCUGCACAGACACGGGCGUAAGCUGCGGUAUGGAUUUGACGUAGAAGUAUAAAUCAGGCUUGAGACAUGGUCUGCAGUCAUGGAUCAUUGCAUGGCGUUCAAUAAGGAGUUAUAUGUGCAAAGACCUUCAAUGUAUAUCACAUGUUACUGUUUCUGUCAGUCAAUCCUGUGUUUCAUCUCAACAUGGCUGUUGUGCAUUUUUAUUUUCCUAAGAAGGAAUUUUAACAUCUAUCCAAUAAAAGUGAAAAGGGCUGUAAACAGAA